UGACCAGGCUUUGGGAAUAAUAAAGGGCUGAUUGCAGACAUUUAGUCGAGACAGCACUUCUAUUCAACAGCUGUUUUAUCAGUCCACCAGUUAGUGCGACUGAGUAACCUACAGCCAUUUUGAUUGCAGAGAGAUCCCUGCUAACUAGAUAAAAACUCUGAUUAGAGGUGUGACAGUGAUCAGAGGCAAAGUUUUGGGCCUUAAAAUCAAAACAGGAGGAGCUUGAAGAUGCUUGAACACUUAUCAAACACGCAGAUAACUCCCAGGUGGGUUUACACCAUCUUAUAUACUUCAAAAGCAGCCGGAUGAUCCUGUUUUGUAGGAAAAUAUUGAUGAUGGCCACCUGAAUGUUACAUUAGGGUUUGUGCUUUUUGUUAGUGAAUCAUCCAAAUUCAAAUGUGUGUUGCUUGUCUGUUGCAGAGGACGGAUUCUGGAUAAAUCUACUGCCAACCAACAAGCCCAAACCUCCAGACCCUUGGAAAUACGGUUUGAUAUCUACUUUGAUGUCGAUCAUGACAUGCAGAUAGAUCCUGUGUAGAUGCAAUUCCCAUUUAAUCCUGUGCUAAGAGGAGUGAAAGCUUAGAGAUGACAGGUUUAUACAGCAUGUAUGUGUGUGUGUUUGUGUGCUUGUGUGUUGAGCUAUCUCGGUGUGAUGCAUGGACCGCCUCUGUGUACCUGCUCUAUUUACAGAGCCCUCCAGGAUCUCACCUGCCCUGUUCCUCCUUGACUUUGACAACCGCUCUCAUUCUGUAUCUCAUCAUAAUAGGUGAUCCUUCAUCAUUUACAUUUCUCUGUAAGAUCAGACAAACAUAUCCAUGAACAUCACAGGUAUGCAUCUGAUAGCUGCAUAUCCGUGCAGUAUUAGUGAUAGUGAAGGUAUAGAAGAUCAAAUAGAGUAGAUGUCCUUUAGGAGGCUGUACAAGAGAGAUACUAAUAUAGUUAUUGAAAUCUACUACAGUUAUUUCUAUGUCCUUGCAACAACUUGGUGUGGUUGUUCUAUAAAAACUUGUAUGUGUGGAAAAUAAUCGCUUCUGAUAAGAGUAAUUUUUGAGUCUUUAUAAUGGAGAAAAAGCUUAAGUGGAUGUCUAUGGUUCAUUCAAAUGGCAGUUACAAUGAUGAUAAAAAGGAAGAGAUGAAGCAAUUACGCCGCUUUAACUUGCCUAAAAUGAUACUUACCUUUCACAUGCGAUCAAACGGGCAAAAUUGAGCUUUUUGUCACACUGUCAGUGAUUUGAAGACAUUAUCUUUUAAAUUUGGAUUCCAAUUUAGAGUUUUGCCCUCAGAGUUUUGUACUGAACUUUGUCAUAGAGGACUGUUUCUGACACCGACACCACUGGGCCAGGCUCGGUGUAUUAGCUUUGCUUGUUUGUGAUGGAAAACAAUUACAUCUUGGUUUGGUUAGGUCAGCAGUCCACAAGGAGGGCUAGUUUUAAGUGCCACUUGUUCCUCCUACAGGGUAUGUGCACUUUCGAAUAUGUAAGUGUGUGUGUAUUUCUGCCUAUGUGCAUGUCUUCACUUGUCAUCCUAGUCUAUGAAUGCAGAACGUUGCCAUGGGAACUACGACAUCUGUGACACCAUGUGGUUUUAUCCAUCAUUCUUAUAAAAAAAAAAAAAACACUUUACUGUGAGUGGACUGGGGUCCCUCUCCAGCUGUGAGUGAUUUGUUUGAGUGCUGCAAGAGGGUGGGAGGCUUUUAUAAUGCUGUUUCUUUUUUGCAUUUGGUUGGAAAAUAUUAAGUGAGGAAGGAUUUAGGGAUUUAAGAUGGAGUGAGACGCCGCGGGUUUCCCAUGGUCACCAAGUGUUCUGAGAUCUUAUUUCUCUUAAUGGCAUAGUUCGAUUGCACGCUGUGAGAGGUCCACUGAAAUUAGGUUUCACUGGGAUUUCGUGAUCCUGGUUAAUUUGUCAAUGAUUAAUUGUACAUUUUUGCGGUUAAGAGGAAGAGCAAAAAAAGGGAAAUGGUAGAAUUUCUGGGGCAGGUGUGGUUUAGGAAGUAUAGCUAGUUGUUCAUCAGUUGUGAGCAGGGAUGCGCCGAUCCGCUUUUUUCACCUCGCUGAAUUACCUUUUGUUGUAAACUGAAGUUUUACCACUGCCCCUCAGAAUGUUUGCUGCGCAGGUAUUGCAAGUGGUCGUCGAGCUUGUAGGCUGAGGUAUUUUGAUUACAUCCAAGAUAUCAGACCCCUUUAGUCGCUCCAUUUUGAAAACAAUGUGGGCAUCAGCUCAGCGUGUUUACUUGUGGAUGCCACUCAUGACGCAUAGCAGAGAGUUAGGCUGAAUAGAUCAGCCCCUGUGCAUCAGGCCCAUUGUCAUGAUAAUAAAUCUAGAAUUUUCUUCAAUAUCAGGAUAUCAAAUAUCGAAUCGGUGCAUCCCUAGUUGUGAGAUUGGAGGUUCUUCCCUCACUGCAUGUUGAAAUGAGGGGUGUCCCGAUACAACUUUUUUUACCUCAGAUAUGAUAUUGAUAUUGUAGCCUUCAAUAUUGGCCGACACCGAUAUUAAUCUGAUAUUAGCACAAACUUGUGCAUGAGGAUUUUUGCACUCAGCUGCAACAUCUUUUUCAGACUAUUGAAAACUACUGCCACAGGGCUGACAUCACUCCUACUACUUGCUACUUUGUUAGUACUUUAGUACACACUGUUGUUGUGAUCACAUGGGUUCUGCAUGCUGGAUCUGGAUGCUGUUAGAUAGAGGUGCUGGAGUGGAGUCCAGAAUGGACCGCUUGUAUCAGAGUGCUUAUGUCGGAGUUUUCAGAUGCAGGCCGAUAUAAUCCAAUAUUUGAUUUUUGUUGAUAUUGGACCGAUAUCUGAUAUCAAUAUCGUAUCAGGACACCCCUAGUUGAACUAUCCUUAAGUGAGAUACCAGAACCUGAACUUCUCCCAAAUUCAAUCAGCCAUUUUGGAAAACAAACUACUAACCACUUAUAAGCUUAUUACCUGGCCUUUUUGCUAAUCACCUAAAUGCGUUAAAUGCUUGAUUUUGAUUGGUCAGAACCCCUUGACAUUUUGAUUUUGAAUAGCAAAAGCGAUGCUAGUGACAACCUGCUCACAUACAUCAAAUCAAUACAAAGAUGUUACAGCACACCUUCAGUUAAAGACUUCACCUCCUCCUUUUUGUAGAUCAUUACUCAUAGCAACAGGAGUCAAUAUUAAGAGAUUUUUCUAAUACUACUCUCAAUUUAUUCGGAGAGCAGAAAGACUUAAAAUUGGUGGAUAAUGGUUGACAAGCCAACAGCAGUGACAAGACGAUGAGAAGCGAUGAAUCAGCCGAGAGAUUAGUGAGAACACACAAGAAGCUGAGUGAAAGAGAUAUCAUCCUAAAAAAAAAAAAAACAGAUAUGAAGCAACCACACACUGGAAAAGGUGAUGAGAAAUGUUACAGGUAAAAGGAACUUAGACAGGGAUGUUUGUAAUUUUCUACAUCUGUUAAAAAUGCCAACAAAAGAAACACUAAUGUCUUGGCUAUGGAUGGUCUCAACAUCAGCAGUGGCAUAAUUGGAAAUGUUAACUCAACCUAAUUUUGGUUAACCUAGAAAGAGGCAAAGAGGCAGAGUUGAGAUGGGCCUUGAGCCAGUCAGAUCAAGUCAGCUAUGCCCUCAAUUUGGCCUUAUUAUGCAGAAUGUGUAAAUUUAGUACCUUCAAAAACAAAUGAGUUAGAUUUAACAAAAUUCUAACCAGUGUAGAGAUUGGUGCAAUUUAGACCCAAACUGUUUUGUACCCGGUUGUAAACAUGUUUUAUUAACAACCAAAAUAGCUGUUUGAUGUGCAGGAACACCUAAAAGAGAUGAGUGUUUAAUGCAAUAGAUAUACUGUAUUUGUUCAUUUAAAUGCAAGGUAGGUAUUUCAUAAAAAAAGGCUCAAAUCGGCGGCAAGUACACAUUGACAUUGACUUUGGGACUUACCAGCUGUCCAUCUGUCCAGUCAUCCAUCUGGGCCAUUGUAGCAUAUCUAAACAUGCGCAGCACACAACUAUUUACACGUACGGAAACACACUGUCUUUGUUUUUGCCCUGAGGGGGGACAGACAGUUUGUGCAGGGCUAACCCAUGCUAUUAUUCAGUGUACACACACACACACACACACACACAUACACUAAAAAGCCAAGAGCUGCUGGUGAGCUUUCACCUGGGGGCCUCUGACCCACAUAGGACCAUGUGCAGGACGUGUUCCACUUUUUCACUUUUCCACCAUACAAUGCAUCAUUAACUCACAGCCUACUGUAACAAAAGCUGAGCUGGAUUUAAAUCCCAGCUCACCUGAGCUCACUGUGGCAUUACUGUCAGCCCGGUUAGCUCUCAAGGCGCACAAACACUGACACCACCUUCAGAUCACUCACCUUUCUCUCACGCACUUGACUCGCUGUGUUCCUGUUAAUGUGCAGACACAAAGAGACAACACCACAGAGGCAGAAAUCUGUGCCCUGGCCUGUGGUGUCACCUAAUAUCAAAGUGGUUUCCAGGGUACUAAAGUGCACAGUGUCUACCAUCUUGGCCACCGUUAUGCCUCAGCCUCUGAAACAGUCCCUCCUCCUCUUUCUCUCAUUGCUUCCCCCUCUCUGUUGCACAUGAUGGUUCUUUUCUGCUCCACUCCAGCUGUCUCAUUCUCUUAUUCCCUCUUCCCACUCUGUUUUUUCCUCCUCCUCCUCUUUGCCUCCCGUUCUCUUCCUCUCACACACAUGCAUACAGAUGCUCACUCUCACACACGCUCUCUUUUUCUCUCUCUCUCUCUUCUGCCUCUGCUCCUCUCCUUGCAUCCACAGGCAACUGUGCCGAGGAGCCUCCCUCAGCAGCCUGUGGAUCCCUUCACUUGAUUAAUUAGCCUUGAAGUGCUGUUGAAGAUCAUCAUAUUUAGCUUUGCGACCUAGCGGCAGAGUGCAGACAUAUAUAGACUGGGCUGGCUGUAGGCUGGCUGCCUGGCAGUGAGGCAAGCUCACUCUAUCGCUCUCUAUUCUCACACAGUGCCGAAGGGCUUCUCAGUGGCAGCGCAGCGGAAGUGAGGGGCUGGUUUUUUGCUUUGGAAGAGACAAGAGGGGGCAAAGAGAAAGACGAGAGGCUGGGACCAGAGUGCAAGCAAGAAAUGGAAGUCCGCUGCAGGAGCAAAUCCUUGUAGAGACGGACACUCGGAGGAGGCAACAGUCACUGUGCAGCAGCUGCAGCAGCAGAAGCUUCCAACACAGAGAGAUUUAAGGUGAGACUUUUUAAAACCAGUUACAGCUCGCCUUUUUUCUGCUGCUUCUUUUUGGGAAUAUAGGAUACUCCUGAGCGUGUGCAUGAGUGUGACUAUGAUUGUGCAUCACUAUGACCCACAUUGAUUAACCUGAGAUGCAACACAGGAGCGAUUCCAUGCAAAACGCUUUCUCAAUUUCAUUACGCUCAGUUAGAUUUGAUUCAGAUGAUUUUAUUCGAAAAGAUGCAUUGCCAUAAAAGUUUCAAAAACAGUUUUUCCAGAGCUGAUAGAUACAACGUGUGCAUACAUUUGGACUCUACAAAGAAACGGGUUCAUAAACAUUACACAACAUUUGGAAUAUUAUCAUUACACAGGAUGUUUAUACUGAAUUUUUUAUGUUUAUGUAAAUGAAAACAGCACAGCUUGUAUGUACAGUAUAUAUGUGAGUGAGUGGGAGUACAGAUAAAUGGUUUAUCUCUAACCCUCUCUUGUUCGCACACACACACCAAACACACACACAGAAACAUCAGCUGUGCAGCCCCACUUGUUGGACUGACAUCAAAGUUGACAUGUAAUGAACACCACGAUGAUGGCCACUGUGUAUUUGGCUCUGUGUGUGUGUGUGUGUGUGUGUCAGUGAGAUAAAGAGUGGCUCUUUUGUUACCGUGGUGCCAGAAUGAGGCUUAAGGAUGCACAUCACAGUGAGCGACACGGACAGCCACACAAGAGGCGAUCAGUCAUGCCAGCCUUCUGCCUGCUUUGCCUCUUACUUGGACACAUGAAAGAGAACUUAAACGCUGUAUUUCCAGCACACAAUCACCUCUUCAUAUAUGUGUGUUUGUGUGUACUCUUAUGUCUAUUUACAAUCCUUCUGUCUUAAGUUUCAACUAGUACAACCUGUUCUCUUUUUACUUGGGAUCAGUGAGAGCUGUUUUACCACUGAAAUCCUUAAAAACUGUUGCCGAGCUCUAAAAGGAGCUUGUACUUACAGUGUAACAGCAGGAUAAUGCUGCGAUUGUGCUUCCCAUGAGGCAGACACAGGCGAUAGUGAAGAAAGAGGAGUGAAAACGAGAAUAUGAGCUGCUGCAUGAAUAAUUAACACACUUAAAUACAGUGAGGGUAGUUUGUACUGCUCUCUGUAUGAGAGUAUGUGUGUGUUUGUGUGUGUCUCUGUCAUGGAGCACAAUACACAAUGCCUGUGGAAAUGCAUGAGUAAUGAUGGCAUGUAAACACCGAAGGAAAUCUUUGGACUUUUGAACCAUCUGAGGCCACGAACAUGUCGUAUUUGACUAAAAAUAGAGGGACAAAAUCGUGAAUGGCACGGAGCUAGGGCUGGGCGAUAUGACCUCAAAUCAAUAUCUCGAUAUAUUGAGCAGUUCACCUCGAUAACUGUAAAUGGACGAUAACUACUCCACAAGCUGCUCACCCCCUCCCACAUUAACUUCGUCAACUACUUUUGAACUGUCCUCCAUCUCCUCACCUGUCUUUCCCUCUUAAUUACGGACUGGAUGGGGUGGAGUCACGUCCCCGACAUAGGACAGAGUCUUAAAGGGACAUGAGACCAUAGCCAACCUACACACAUCCAAAACUAACCUUUAUUUAUGUAUUUUUUGACACUGAAUAUACUAAUAUGCGCAAAAUGACAUCAGUUAUUGUCGUUAAUUUCGGUAUCAGCAAAUUAUUAGUUUAUCGCCCAGCCCUACAUGGAACAGAAACUGCCAAGAGGGACUCGAAUGGCAGAUAAUUGAAGCCGGAGCUUUUGGACACUGUCACAGUUUUGAAAAAUUUUAAAUCCUGCAAGUUUGAAUUAGUUUGACCGUUAUAUUCCUCGACUAUGGGUUUCUUGGGUUUUAAGUUUGAUCACGGCUCCAUUUGUUGUCAGUGGAAACCUGUGGUUUUCUUUGCUGAGUGAAUGAUUUAACUUAAACGUUUAAGAUUUGAUGGGAUCUUUAGGAAUUCAGAUGUGUGAGAUUAUAACAUCUGAAUAGUUAUUAAUGCAUGCACUGAGAGGCUCCUUUAAACAUGUAAGAAGAAGCAUAUAUUCAAUUUAUACCUGCAGCACAGGUCCAGAUGGUUAUGUUCCCAGGUCUUUUUCAGGUAUUCUCCCAUCUUUCCUGUGUUAUAAUAGCAGUGAGUUAAAGACUUACAAUAAUGUGAGGGUUAAAACGUGAUUUUUUUUGUCAAUGUGUCUUCGGAUUUAAAUUUCCUGAUGCACUAUGUGGGAAUACUCCGGCCGUGUGAGGUGCCUCCCUCCUCUCUCAACCAAAAACGACCAUUGAUUAGAGAAAGGGCUGACACUGCAGCAGAGAUUCGCCCUCAGCAAUAAAGUCAGUGAGAUAAUUGUUGUCAAGGCGAUGAGCGACCAGGCUGGAUAUCUGAGAGGAGAACCAAUUGGUAGUAGAAUGAAUAAAAUUACAAGAGAGCCUGCUCAAGGCGUCUGCUUUAUGAUUGAUAAAAUCUUAAUUUCAGGGCUCUGGAGUUCUUGGAAAAAUUGUGUUUGCUGUUUGAUCCAAAAAGAACUGACAGAGACUGACAUUUUGGAGUUCAAGUGCCAUCAUUUGCAUGUCUCAAAGCCUCUAGCAUGUCUCGGUCUGCUUGUCUGCUCUAACUUUCCUCAACAGCGUCCUCCCUUGUUUCCACUUUGAGGAUGGAGCUCUUUUUUUUCCUACAACUUUUUACCUGUUUUCCAGCCCAAUUGCACUAAUUCCCCACUGCUGAGUCGGCCAGCUUUCACCCCACCCUUGUCUACUUCAGAGGAGUCUCCAAACGUCUGCAUCAUGACUUUGUGUCUCUCUUAUCUCUUUCUGUCAGGCUUUUGUUUUGAUCAUCGUUCCUCUGUUUUCCACUCUACAUCUCCUCCUUUCAACCUCAUUUCCCCCCAUUCAACACUUUUGAUUGCCUACCAGUGUGCGUGUGUGUGUGCACAGUUAUGUGUGCAUACUUGAUGUAUCAUGCACAGACUAUCACACAUUGUGGGCAUCUCAACAUCUGUAUAGAAAGGAGAGCUUUUGUGUAGGUGUGCGUUCCGUGUGUUAACGUGGGUGUGCACAAAAAUAGAUGUUUUUUUUUCUUUCCCGCCAGAUAUUUUCUUCUUUGGUGCUCAGAGAUGAUCAUAUGUGAAAUUGAUAACAUGAAGCACAUGUGCUGUCAGCAGGGUUGAAGGUUUCUGGUUUAUUCAUAGACCGAUCAGGAUGUCAGGUCAGAAGUGCUGAGUGCAAAAGUGCUCAUUACCACUGAAGAUUUUAAAAUAGAUGGACUCACAGCGCGCCUGUUUUUUAAAAGUGGAAGAAGGGGUCAUUCAAGAAGAGCUGCCACAUCUGCAACAGGAGAAAUCUUUUUAUAUCAGUAGUAGAGAGUGUUUUUAAUUUUAGCUAGAGAGAAAAAGAAGCGCUGUAGUGUAUGAAUAGCAUUUUAUAAAGUGGAAGUCCUUUCAUACAAACCUUACUGAUAAAAAUCAAAUCAGUUCUGGCAUUGAAAUUCAAUUUGGAAGCAAAAAUACCCACUAAGCAAAAACUCAUGUUUAAGAGUUCAUUACUGUAGUAUUGUGAUGUGUUUGUGUAUGAGGAGGAUGGCUUGUAUUUUACUGACACUAAAGUCUGGGUCUUUUUAAGUCAUCCUCCAUGACCCUCUCUUCAACUCAGACCACCCCUCUAAGUCUUAUAGUUUAGCAUGUAGGAGUUAUUUCCCUCUAAAAUAGGCAGUAAAUGUAACAAAGGGCUGUUGCAGGUGAAGCCUUCCUAUCUUUCCUCUCAUCUCAGCAGCAAGAACCGAAACAGUUUUUACUUUCCUUCCUAUUUUUGGUCUUCAAAGUGUAUCUUUGAACUUCUUUUUACCACAGUCUGUUAUGCCACAUCUUCAUCUUCUGUAACACUGCUGUCAUCCUUGUCUCUGGCCAGUUAUCUUGACUCCAAAGUGACUCCGAUAACAACCAACACAAAAGUCAGCAUAACAUUAUUCUGUCCCAUCCUUACUUUGCUACCGGCUAGAUAUUUUGCCCAAAAUGACACUUUAUAUCAGGAUUUAUAGGGGUGUCUCUAUACAACUUCUUUUUUAUUAACCUCUGAUACAACACAGAUAUUGUAGCCUUGAGUAUUGGCCAAUACAGAUAUUGUUCCAAUAUCAGCACAAACUUGUGCAUGACAAGUUUUGCACUCAGCUGCAACAUCUUAUUCGGUCUUCAACAAAAUUACUGCCGACAUCUCUCCUACUCCUUGGUACUUUGUUAGUACCUUAGUGCACACUGUUGUUGUGAGUAUUUGGGCUCUACAUGCUGGAUCUGGGUGCUGCUAGAUAGAAAUGCUGGGGCCGAGUCUGGAAUGGACUGCUAGUAUCAGAGUGCUGAUAUCGGAGAUUUUAGAUGCAAGCCGAUAUAAUGCGAUAUUUGUUUUCUGCUGAUAUCGGACCGAUAUCUGAUAUCAAUAUCGUAUAGGGACAUCCUUUUCUGGAAUUAUCAAACCAAAUCUGUUCAAUGAUGAAAGUGGGGUGAAAAUGUGACGCACUGUAUAGUGGGGAAAAACCAAGUAAAGAACAAGAACCUAUUAAAUGUUCUGAUUUACAUUUCUGCUCUUGUGUCUCAUGACAUUAAUUUUUUACUGUCUGUGUUUCAGUAAUCACAUCAUGUCAGCUCCACUGUGUGCUGUGUCUUCUUAAAUAUAACAAAGUGAGCAGAAAAUAUUGAAACAAAUACUUAAAAUAAUAAGAUUCAGGAUAAGAAACUGACUUUCCAGAUAAAAGAAAAAUUUUUUGCCUCUGGUCAGUUACCACAAGACCUCCACCCCAACAUUUACUCUAAGCCUAGACGAGAAUAAAGAGAGACUGCUGUAUUUACUCCCUUGUAUCAUCUGGAUUUCAGGCAACAGUGUAGUGACUCACUGUGGUCACAAAGCUGAAGUUAUCCCAGUGAAUAAAAUGUUGACCAUCGCGGUAUCUACUCGGUCUCUGUCCUUACGAGUAGGUGAAAGCUCAUUCUAACCCUUUUGAAAUUUUGCAAACAUUGAAAAUGCUUGUUAUUCAAUUCCCAAGUUUAAAAUAUUUCAUUCACAUCUUUGUCAGCUUUCUGUGUUUACUGUCCUUGUGUGAUACUCAACACUUAUCAUUUCAGCAUUUUAAACUAUGAAGUAGUUUGUUUUCCUGCUGCAGCAGCUCUAUGCCCACAUUAUCCUUUAACAAAGUAAACAAAAGCCUUACAGCUACCUUUGACCCUGCAGAUGAUUGGCGGUCAGCUGUCAACACAGAGGAGACCAAUGAGGACCCUAGCUGAUGAUAGAAGCCUGCAGAAGACCAGCACCUAUAUCGUGCCCUGCUUCCUCCUUGUGGAGGUGAGUGAUGGUUCAAAGUCGUUCUCUUUGAUUGUUUUCUGUGUUCAUUAUGUAGAAUGUGAGCCCAGAUGUAACCUUAAUUUUGUUGGACAUCUUGCUUUUGGCUUUUUUGUACAUCCAACCCAAGGUAAUAUUUCAGCCAACAGCCUAAUUUUGACUUUAGAAACUAAUUUUCUAAAAAUAAAAAAUCAAGAGCGCUGUGUUUAAAUCCCACACACAUGUACAUCAAAGUGUGCAGAAAUAAGAGCAGGCUAUAAACUCUCCAGGUGGGAAUCAUGACUCACCCAGCGGAAACUGAUGGACACAUAAAAGCACAUUUUUCCAGUCUUCUCCCUCUCCUCCUUCUCCUGUCCACGUUCACUCCUCCCACAUCUCUUUCUUCCAUCAUUUCACAUGUUUCUCACGGCAGAUUAACAACAAAGAAUGUCAGCUGGGAAAUAUUCUGAAUUAGCUGCGUUUUUUUUUUCCUAUUCACCAACUCCCUGAAGAAGCGAUUGAUUGAAUCAUCACAAACGGGUAACUACCCUCAGUUCAUGAAUCGCUCCAUGAUAACUUUCAGCACGAGGUAUUCUCCCAACAAAGGCCGUCUCAUGUGACCUUUUUGCUCAUAAUCUCUUCGACCUCUUUCCUUCUACUGCCCGUCCUCUUCUCACAGCUCCUCUCCUCUCUGUAUAAUCCAUGAAUGACCUGCUGGAGUGCUCACGGUCUCAGCUGCAUUUCCUAAUUAAUUGGCCUAAUUAGGAAAGGAAAACCAAUUAGCCUGUGCUACUGCUAAUACAGCUAAUACUGUUAACGUGCUCCAAGCCUGCAGGUCGGCUGAGCUGUGACAAGCCCAGCAGACUUAGCUGAAUUAGGUGCUUUCAGAGCUUUCAAAUCGUCUCUUACUUCAGAUUUACCCUUAAAAAAAUGUAAUGUCUCUCUUUCAUACGAGCCAGAAUGUUGACAUUUGAGAAUUGUGAAAAUCGCUGAGUCAAAUGGUGCUAGACGUGGCAGUCAAGAAAAUGGUUUCGCGAUAGUUACCCACAGGCGAAGAACAAGGAAAGCUCUGGACGUUUGUUUGUCCCGCCGGCUCAAGAAAACUUUUAAAAGUCAACUGAAAAUUUAUAAAACUUUGUCUUAUUCAGGCCUGCAUUGAUUUAUUUGUUUUAUUGUGAUCUACCUUUAGAAAGCUGCAUCUCUCUUUAGUACACCUGCUGAAGGACUUCUUCUAUAUUUUGAACCUCUCAAAGGGUUUUUCUUCAACCUCGCUUUUAUUCUCUUUCUUUGUGCCCAUUCACUCAUUCACAACAUCCUCUUGAGAUUGCGCUGUAUUUCUUUCUUCCACUACAUGAAUAGAGCUCUCUCCAAUACACCUCAGUUACACCUGCAUCCUUCUACUGCACAAAUAUUCCACAAUCCCUGCGAGUUUACUUGAGAUUUUUAUCGUACUUUUACUGUCUUUCAUUGUGCAUUUGUAUUGGCCCACUCUCAACACCCUCUUGAGGACUUGUUAUAAUGAUUUUCCUGCUCUCAAAUUUUUUCAAGAGAGUCUAUAAUACCUCUAGGCCUAUAUCUGUCAGUGCUGCUGCUCCUCCUCCUCCUCCUGUAUUCUCUUUGACAGUCUUUUGAACACUGCCCAGUCACUCUUUUCAUGCAGAUCCUCCAAAUCAUCCUCUCCAGCAUUCGCUCCCUUGAGUAAUUGCAUCUUUUGCACCAUGGAUCUCUCCAUUAUUCCCCUUUACUAGUAAAGCCCCAUCUCCUCCUCCCACUUAAAAACUCUUUCUGCUCUUCCAAAGACCACCGUUCUCCUCAUUUCUCCUCUUUGCUCCUGUACGGCUUUGUGUUUCCUCAUGGGUCCCCAACAUAUUUUUUUCUUCACUUUUUGGUAUCUCUCCUCUUGCUUCUGGUCACAGCUUGCUCUUUUUUUCUCUUUAUUCUUUUAAGUACACCUUGUCCUCAUGUUCACCCCGGCCUGUAUCGCAGACAGGAAGGUGUCGUGAACAUCUAAACCCCUGGGAAGCGGUUGGUUUUUUUGAGGGGGGUAUUUUUUGGACGGUUAUUCUUUCCUCAGUCACCCCCACUCUUUGCAGAUGCAGCUAUUGGUUUUAUUUUCUUCCAGCACAGCCGGAGGUAGAGUAACGUAACUCCAGUUUGACUUUAAUCACCCUAUAUGCACCCACACGAAUCUGUGUACAUUGCAGAAGUUUAAUAAAAGGCAUUUCACCCCCUCUCCCCAGUUUGUGUUGAUACCAGAGCAGCCCGCUGUAGCAUAGCUCCUCCUGGAGGGCAAUCGCUCCCCUGUUGUUACAUUAGCAUCUCAUUAGCCAUUUCUUCUCAAUUCAAACAGUCUUUUUUUUUCUGUUGCUUGUGAUCUAGUUGCUGAUUUCUACUUUCCCUUCUAACGGUUCAAAACUCUGCAUCCCACUGUUUUUCCUUCCUGUAACGCCUCAUUUCUGAGAUAUUUCAGUAACAUCUUUUCAGCUGCUGGCUAUUUUUUACAGCUUUCUAGUUUGGCCAAUUCCAAGCCACCACUGAUACCACUAUGAUCAAAAAGUAAACACAGUAUUAGGGUUUUAUGUUGACUUUUUUUCUUUUUUGUUUGUUUUUUGUUGGCAUGGGGGUGGUUUUUACUUAAUCUAUUGGAUUAGUUCAUUUGUUUAUAACAUUUGUGGACAUAAAACACAGAAAACAAAACACCUGAUACAGUUUACAACAAAAUAGAACAUACACAAUGACUGAAACAAGGAAAAACAGGGUAACACAUAGUGCACAAUACAUGAUUUACAGAAUGCACAACAAAAUACACAAUAUCUGAGAAAUGACAAAUGACGAAUGGAUACAAAAUACACUAAACAUAAUACACAAUAAAGGACACAUAACACACAGUACUUGAAGAAAGGGAACAAGAACACUAAAUGCAACACAACAAUACAACACAUGAUGAUAAACACAAGACACAAAACAUGAUUCAUUUUACAGUAUUCACAAUUCAAGGAGGCAUGAUGAUGCAGUAAACAAGAUACUAGAAAUGGAAACAUAGAACAUGAUACAUGGUACACAAAAUACAGAGGAAGAUAGAUAAAACACUGUAUGCACAGGCAACAAAAUACAGUGUUUACAUGAUCGUAGGGCUGGGCGAUAAACCGAAAAUUUACUACAAUAACCAUCGUCAUUUUGCCCAUGUCAGUAUUCGUGAUAUUGAUUUGAGGUCAUAUCGCUCAGCCCUACAUGAUACAGUGUACACUAAACAGUCAGAUACAGAAUGCAUGACAAACGUUACAAUACAACGUUACGUUACAAAUGGAACAUAAACAUGAUUCAAGAUACACGAAACACAAAACUCAAUACAUAACGCUUGUGUGCAAUGCAAAAUAUGUGAUACACAAAACAUGUUACACAGUACAAGACUGAUAAAACAUAUUAAAAGAAAAAUAAUACACAACAUUACCGUACAACAUUCUACACUGCCAUGAAACACGUUUUAUGAAACAUGAAAGGUACAUGAUACACAAAACAGGAAACAAGAAAUAAAGACAUAGAGAAUGAUAUAUGAUAGAAGAUAUAAGACAUACAUUUAGUACAUGAUACAGGAUGCAAGACACAUGAAAUAUGAUACCAUUAAUAAAAAAAUAGUCACACAAAAGCAUAAUGUAUGAACUACCGAAUGCAAUAUAUGACACACAGAUCAUGAUACCAUAAACAAGAUACAUGGCCUUUCAUCCCUUUUUCAGUCAGGGCCGUUUUAGAUCACCACCUCUUUAUUCUCAAGGCUCAUCUUCCAUCUCUCUUCGACCAGCUGAUGAAUUCGUCCCUCUCACUCUUCUUGCUCUUCUUCUGUUUUCCCUUUGUCUGUCUUUCUUUACCACCCUUGGUUUUCUUCAACAAUAAAAAAUAACACUGGCUUGUUGUUGCUUUUUUUUCUUUUUUUAGAAAUGUUGACUUGUAGCUGUAUUUUACAGAAACGGCAUAAUGAAAAGCAAAAUAGUUGUCUCUUCUUUGUGGAUCUCUCACUCCUCUUUUUUUUUUUCUUUUCACUCCGUCUUGCUGCUGUUUCUCUUGUCCUGCUGUGAACGCCACAAAAGAGACUGGUCUGGCAUCGAACAGAGAACACAGCUUCAAAAGACCCUCUUUAAAAAGUCAUUUUGAUUCCACUGAUUCCUGACUGGCUUCAGACACGGGGGUGGGUGGGCGAAGUGUUACUUGUUGGUGUGAGCCGCUCCUACUGUGGAAAAUCUGUACUGAAGCCGAGUUUCAAAGUACUCAAGAGACUACAAGAGGACUCUCUGAGUAGAUCUCACUGAUCUGACAACUUUCAGAUCGUGGGUAGUAAUGUGAUGUGAAUAGGAAUAAUAAUAAAAUCUGAUCAUCAUCACUGUUUACUGUAAUUGUACAUGCUGUAGCUGCUAAUUCCCGGCAGCUAUCAUCUGCAGGGUGUGCUCUAGCUGGCCAGCAUUUCUGUUUCUCUACAAAUGCCAGCUCAUAGUAGCAUAUCUUCCUCCUCUCCACUCCCUUUUCCUCAUGCUUUGUUGGCUGCGUCCUCCUGUGGCACAGCAAGCUCUGUGAAGCACACGGACCGCUGAGCAUAGGACCACAUAAUGUUUCAGGUCGAAGGCCUAUGCCGCCUCUGAUGACACUAAGGUGUUGGCCCACGUCUGCUCCUAUCUCCCAUUUCCCCCACCGUCUCUGCAGAUGCCCUCAUUUUUGCCUGCUCAGUAGUUUCUGUAACAUCAGUUGCACUUCUCCUGAAUUAUUUUUCUGCUUGCAGGAAUUGGAUGCAUACUGUAGGUUUCUGUCUCAGAUGAUAGAAUACUAAUUUGCAACAGGAAACAGACUUUUUACAGGAAAUACAGUUCAUUUUUUCUGGCACAGGGAAAAUUCAACUUAGAGGGAAAUGCAAAAAUGUUCACGGAUACAUUUUCUUUACCUACAAGAUCUAAUCUUAAAAUGACAACCUGCUCGUUGUGAUUAAUUUCAAAAUCUGUUAACAAGGAUAAACUUCAUUCCAGGUUUGACAAAAAGGUUUUCAUAGGUUCUUGGUGCUCUGGACCAAUUAGCAAAAGCUUGUUAAUGUGCUGCUGUGAUGACACUCGGGCUGUUCAAGUUGGAACUGAGGUUUGGAAAAGAAAGAAAUUAUGUCAGGUCAUAACAAAGUGUUAAAAUAAACUUUAGAGGUGCCUCUAAGUGCAAAUAGCUUGCAGCGUGUGUCAAAUUAGGAGGGAUUUCAACUCCCCUGCAGGUCUACUUAGAGGAACACAUAAACAAACAUACAUACAUACCGUACACACAUAUAGAUAAUAUAUUUUCUCUUCUUUCUUAAAAGGCUCUUGCAAAAUACCAGUAUUUGCAUUAACUGUCUUUUUAAAAACACAAAUAUUGAUAUCAUGCUAAAAAUAAGCAAACGGUAAUACUGUGAGUUUAUAGCGAAGGUCCUUGAUGCUGUUUGCCACACAUCACAAAAGUGAGGACAGACAAAGAAGAAGCAGCAGACUGCCUGUGAACUUUUUUUGAAGCAGCUUACUAAUCGAUGAUUAAGCACUUUUAAAAACAGGAAUUUCAUCCCUUUUAAAAAAUCCAAAUCCAGCAUCGGAGCUUGUGCCUCUUUAGGUUAUUCAUUAAUUGAACAUUUACACUUUCUUACUGUUCUCUUAACUGUUUUCAUUUAGUUCCUCAAAUUAUGAUCUGCCAAAAGCGGCUUUUCCUUCAAAAUAAAAGCUCAGGUUUACAGUGUUUAGAAACCUGAAUGCAAGACAGAAAAAUAUCAAAAUAAAAGCAUGAGAAAUAGUUUUAUUUAUGUGGCAAUGUCAGUGCAAGUGAUGUAGAUGAAUCAUAUAUUUGACCAUAAAUGGAAAUUUGAUGAUGACAUGUGAGUUAUUGAGUUUUUAGUAAAAUUUAUGGACUUUAUGUAUGAACAUGAAUAUUAUGUAACAUCUCAAUUUUACUGUCUGUGUUGUUUUAAAUUUCAAGUUUUCCAUAAAUAUCACCAUAAUAUCUUAUGACCAUCAUCGUCAUGAAGUGAUCUGAUAUCAUGAUCUUUAGAUUAAUACGAACCUCAACUUCCCAGAACUUAAGUCUGUUAAUAACGAGAGUUGUUUCAUUAUCGCCAAAGGUGUCAGUGAAAAAAGAACAACCAUGAAAAAUGUUUACUGUGAAGUUACAGUUGCUGCUUAUCUUAUCAUUUUUAGUUCCUGAUAUUGCCCUAAAGAAAUCUUUACCCACUUGUUGAUCACAUUCAUGUUGACAUAUCUAAACACGGACAGUCUCUUCUAUCUUCCACUGUUUCUUCUCAAGUGUGAAGACUUUACGGCACAGGUUGCUCCAAAAUGCAUCAAGCCUUCAGUUCCUCUGUGUGUGCUUAGACUUCUUCAACACUCCCUGCUGUGAUUAACACUGCCUCAGUACAUCCUCUGCCUCCUGGCAACACAUUUUCUGCAUGUGUUUAUUCUUUUCGAAAGAUGUUUUGUUCAUAGUGCUGAGACCCCCUAAACAAAUCAUAUUCACAAAUAUCCAGGCAUGAAAUAAACUCAUUUUCAAUUCCUCUAUCUCUGCACAUAUAUGUGGAAAUAAAUAUCCUAGUACACAACUGGUUAUCUCUAACCUCUUUAUAGAAAAUGUAAGCAUCAUCAAUAUCCUUAUUUAUCAGCUAAUCUAGAAGCAGCUCAUUCUCACAUGGUUCUCUUGCUCGUUUUUUCCCCCUCAUUAUCUCUGAGACUCCGUGAAUAGCAGCUGCCCGCUCUGGGUGGAUGCUUGAAACACUUGUUAGCUGCAUGCUACCCACCUAUUUAUACCUGAGGGGGGAGGGGAAGGAAUGAGAAACCCUGUACAUCACCACAUAGUCUCAUUCAUAUCAUAAGGGAAUGCUUGAUAUAGUGUCUGUCUAUCUUGGGCUGCAGCUUAGAGGCCAAAUAACCCCAUCAGAAAUAGAAAUAUAAGACCCCUGCUGUUGGGAUAACUCUCAAUUAAAAUAGCUUGUGAGAGAUAGUAUCUUGUCUCUGGUUUUGGCUUCUUUUCUGAGAUAUAUCCAAUUAAAAGACUCCAAAAUUAAUGCUGAUUCUAGCUGCUGCAUGCUGCUUGCGCUGAAUGAGGUUUGCUAAAUAAAUUAUAACAGUUGAAUCUCAUUCCAAAAUCAAGAUAUUCACAAUUCAUGAAAUUGGCAUCCUUUCUGGCUCAGGGACAGAUUGCAUCAAAGUCAAGUUUGUAAGUCAAAUUAUUCCCUUUCCUUUGCUGAAAAAUAUAGAUAAAUUAAAAAUACAUUUAAAGAUGCGAUCUUUAAAUUGUGAAUUUGAGUGUAUACAAGAGAAGAGUUUAUUUUUAAUCUCGUCAAUGAAUGGAAGAACAGAGAUUUGGGUCCUUUUUGGAGACCGGAUGCAUGCAUCUGCCAUUAGGCGAUGUACAAAAUAAUGGAUGAUGCAUGUUAGGCAGAAACUGUGGGAUGCAGGGACACAAAGUGUGCAUGUGAGCAAGCAGAUUCAAAGAGUUUCUGACAGCACGGAUGAUUGAGAGACGUAGAAGUCAAUGCAGCAUGAAGGGGGGAGACUCCAAGAGCACGGUUUUGGCAGUGAUUGAGGAGAGAUGCUAUGUGACAGAUAAUUGAAAGGGGAAGAGUUGAAGAUACACAUUACAUGGUGAUUUAAUGAACCCAGUAUUCAGAUGGACAAAAGAUGUGGAGGGAAAGAGAGAGAGAUGAAAAAGGGAGGGCAAGAUACUGCCUAAAAAGAUAAAUGCCUGCUUUGAUUCUUUUCUCCUCCUGUAUUCCCCUUUUGUGUUUUACCUUUCUCUCCUCUUCACCUCUCUCAUAUAUCCUCAUUUACUCUCUUUUCUCCUGUUGUUCUGUCUUAUUUUCUGCCGCCUUCCUCCGUUUUAUUUCCCAGCGGCACACUCAGCUCUGCCCUGGUGCAAUCUGUGAUAUACUAAUGUCUCAUUAAAUGUUUUAUCCAUCUGUUUAUCUUCCUCCACUUUCCCAGCGCUGCCUCUCCCCGACCUCUCUUUAGGGCUCUACCUCCUCCGGCUUGUCCACUCAUUUCUAUUAGCUGCCUCAUAUAUCUUGCAUUGCACUGUGCUGCAGUACAGUGCAGCGACACCAGGUGGCAGUCAAGCCCAUUUGUUUGCUGGUUUUUCAUGUUGAUUUGAUGAUUUGCCCUUGAAGAGGAGUUUACUGGCUUCCUGCUCAAAUCAUUUACAUGUGAUUUAUGCAGAUGAAUGUGCGAGGAGGAGAAGGUGGUGUGUGUGUGUGUGUGUGUGUGUGUGUGUGUGUGUGUGUGUGUGUGUGUGUGUGUGUGUGUGUGUGUGUGUGUGUGUGUGUGAAAUCAGACAAUUUUUUAACAACAGGCAAAUAUGACACCUCAGCUGCUGAGAAACAUUCACUGCCUCUAACCACGAGAUUAGAUCCGUGAUUUGAGCUAAUUUAGAAACCAAAUCAUGUGAGAGAGGAUGAGGAUGGUGCAGCUUUUUCAUGCUGUUUUCAGGACAUUUAACCUAAACCCUGAAAAACCCCGUGGACACUCAUGAUAAGAGCAUUGCUGUUAGAGAUUCCAGUCAGUUAUUUCUCCAAAACAGUAUCUUUUUCUGUGUCGAUUUAAAUCUGUUGGCUGAGCUCCCUCACAAACUUGGUUUGCUACAAAAAGUAUGGUACAGAAAAAUAAAGUGUAUUGCACUAUUUGUUAAAGAAGCACAAGAAGCAGUUUGGCAAAGUUGAAACUAACAGUUAUGGGUUUUGCCCACCCCUUUUAGCUUGCAUAAUACUUGAUAUAGUGAGAUAAAAGCAAUCAAUUUCAUUAACAUAGCUGAUUUACAAAGCCUGUUUGAAGCGAAAUAUUAAAACCAGCCAGUUACUCUCAGGAAAUCAAGGAGAUUGCACCUUAAGUGGUCUCCCAAAUAAUGUUUUGAUCACAGGUGAAAAAAUGAGGAGAAUCUGUCCAGAUGUGACAAGUGGCAUGACAAAGAUACAUGAGUACAAAAUAAAAUCAUCCAUCAUCAUCAUCCGUUCUUCGUGGUUGAAUAUCGUAUACUAUCUCCAUUCAUGGAACAGUUUGAUCUCUUUGAAAAACAAAUCUGGCAUUUUGAGUCCAGGUUCAAGCAGCAUGUCUCCUGAGCAGUGUGAUGUUCAUUUACUCCCAGCAGGGUGCUAUCAUCUCCACACCAGCCUCCAUACAAAUGCUCUCACCUCCUGUAAACAUGCUUGAUUAUUAGUUGACUUUUCUGCCAUCUGGCAGCUUCACACAGGCCAAGAGUAGACCGAAACCACUCGUGCCAGCCCGCAAUUCAGCUCCAGGAGACAGUAAUAAUUCCCACUUCUAUUUUGCCCUUUUUCCUCCCCUUAGAAAAGUAUUUUUCUCCAUUCUUCUUCAGAUGUGUGGUUAAAGGGUUUUGCAGGCAGGAGGUUUUCCUCUGUUUCUGUCACAUCAAUGCCACUUUAGUCUCUUUGAUUUUCCUGCUUUCACGUUCUUUGAAGGGGAAAGGUAUGAACAUUAAGCCUUAAUUCUUCUGCUUCAUAAGUCUUUUAAGUUGACAGGGUGAGUCAAAAAGAGGUCAUCAUGAAAGAUAAACUCUCCUGAUUUUUUAAAACUUUAGGUUCAUCCGGUGGGCAAAUAUAUGCUGACUGAUGUUAGAAAUCAGACCAUAACAGAGCCCUCUUUUGUCAUUCCUGUUGGUAGAAUCAGCCCGGAUUUUUAAUUCAUGAGCUGCAAGAAUACUAAAUCUUUAUAAAUCAUUUAUUAAUUCCCCUUUCUACCUCUUCUGUGACACGAGGAUUUUUGUAUGAAGGUAGAAAAAAAUGGACAAAAAGCACCAAACAUUUGCGAAUGGUGUACAUUUUAGUGUCAUUGUUGGUGUGACCAAUAUUUCAGUCAACACAGAAAUCAUGGAAACUUAACCCACCUUACUUUAUCAGGCCUCCAAAUACUCUGUUGGCUGCUGUCAGAUGUAAAGCUUUAGCACAUUUGUUAAUUACUCAGGUGUGUUAAAGGGAUAUUCCGGCAUAAAUUUAAGUUAUGGUCAAACACACCGUAACACUGAGUAAGACACCCCCUCGACAGAUGAAUGUUGCCGUCUGUUUGCUUCUCUAGUUAUACCAACUUUAGUAACAACCGCACGAUAGCAAAAGACAGUGAUCUACGUCUCCAUGUGCAAACCUCAACCAAAACGCCACUCUAUAGCCACAAAUAAUGCUCAGAACAGCACCUAACUUCAUCAACAGGACAUAUAGGGUCUCAGCCAUAGUACUAGCCACCAAACAUCUUUUUAGCUUUGCCUGAUUUCUUUAGCAAAAGGACUAAAUGCAACUCACCCACUCUCCUCCAGCAGCCGCUUGUUUGUUGGGGGAGCCCUGAUGAGUCGAUCACCGAGUGCAGUGGAGUUUCACAGCUCAAGGAAGAACAUUUAUGAUUAUUUCUUCAUGGAAAUGCAAUCAGACCGAGAGCUCUCCUCUUCCUUGGAGGAGAGCUUUCAAUGCUGGUCUCAACAAAAUUACCAGAUUGAUUUGUCAUAUUAGAUGUUUUGUCUCAAUCUCUAUCUACAAGACGGAUUUCCAGAAUGAUUUCUUGCAAAGUAUCGAUUUUUGUCAACAAUGUCGACUAACCGCUGCAGCCUUGGUGCAUAGAACAGGGAAAUCUGCUGAGAUUGAGAGACUUAGAGGAGUUAGACAGUAAGGUAACAGAUGGAUGCAGAUAUUUUUAUCAGUGUGUUUUUCCAGUUUCAUCUAAUAACCUCAACACAUUUACCAGUGACUUGACUCUAUAUGUCAUUAGAGGUUCAAGAUCAGGACCUUUUUGAUACAGAAAUGAAAAUGGACCAACAGUCAUAAUCAAAGUAAUUACCUCCUCCGAUGGAUAAACACACUUACAGCUGCUAUAGUGUGAUUCUUAACUUCCUGCAGUUAGAUGAGUCAGUCGACAGAGUGAUGUUUACCCCGGGUUGACCCCUCUCUGUCACUCUUUUUCAGUGGUCUCGUCCCAUACAUGCACAGAGUGCUUUAAAAAUAAUAUUUAUGCAAAUAAAUGGUCCAAGGUGACUUGUGCAGGUUGUGUCCCUCUGCUAAUUAGAAGCCAUCAACUUUUGAGUUGCUUUGACCUUUAUUAAUAUUCAGACAAAGUGGCUUUGGCUGCAGAAUGAAAAGGAAGUCGCCUGUUUGUUCAUGUAGGAGGGAAGGGAGAUGAAAUGGCAUUUAAGAGCCUGUAAUAAGUCAGUGGAUUUUUUUGUCUUAAUGAGGUGUUCAAUGACUCAAUUCACUGAAAGUCCCAGAUUUUGUUCGUCAAUAAUCAUAUCCCUGCGUGAGCAUCUUCAUUACCAAUGUGUGCUCAUAUGUGUAAUUUAGCAAACAUGGCUGUGAGAGUUCAGACAGACACUUGAGUGAGUAAUCACAUGUUGGUGUGAAGUAACCUGAAUAAUCUCUGUGGGAAAUGUUUGGCAGCUUUCUACAAAUAUUUGACUAAACUUUGAUGAUUUUGUAGACCCUCUCUCUCUCUCUCUCUCUCUCUCUCUCUCUCUCUUUCACUCUCUUCUUCCCACCUUUCUACACUUCCUCCCUCGCUCACGGCUACCAUGCCUUGGCGAGAAGAGAGGGAUGGAUGAUGGAGAGAUAUGUUGCCUGUGUCAAGAGUUCCUCUUCAGACUUGGGAAUUCACCCACAUGCCUGCAGAUACAUUCAAACACACACACACACACACACACACACACACACACACACACACACACACACACACACACACACACACACACACACACACACACACGCGCGCGCAUGAAAAAGCAUGUACCUUCUCAGUAUCAGUCGACUAAAUAUAAACUUCAGGCUGGAGGUGUUUGAAGAAGUCUCAAACGUGUGGAUACAUGUGCAUGUUUGUCCCCCGUGAUUUUGCCACUAAGGGCCACAGAGCGCACCAUCUCUGUCGUGUGACGGCCUGGGAUUUAAGAGUGAGUUUUGCCGAGGUAGCGGAAUGAUCAAUUGUUUGAUUUCCGAUUCAUGUAGGAUAUCACGCUCAGAUUUUUAACUUUUCUGUAGAGAGGUGGAAAAAGGGAGCGGAUCUAAGAGUGGAGCAGUAUGAGGAGUUAGAAUUAGGUCAGCGUCUCUCCUGUGUUCAUUGUGGCUCUUCAAUGUGUAAUAAAGCUGAAAUGUGCUACUUGUAACAAGUCUCCCCUUCCCCUCCCAAAAGCAUUAAAUUGAGUGGGUUCUCUGUCACUCUGCUGAAAGGAUAAACACGUUGGAGGAGGUUCUCUCAGUUGUUCGUCACUUGUUCAGCCAUCUGCCACUGUAUUACUUUCCCUGGUUAUGGCUGUAAAUCAUAAAAGGGACUCUACAUUAAAUCUUUAUAUAUUUAAUUUUAGAUAACUGGAAAUCAAGUCAGCAAAACAGAGACAACUUUUCGUUAUCUAAGAUCCUGAACACUACAGACUGUGCGUAGGCUAUCUUUCUGUUUUUUGUUUUUUUUUAGUUAAAGGGAACAACUUUAAUUCCAGAUCUUUCUGUGGACACUUUGAACUAAAAUUAGAGAAACAGAUAUUUUGAAAAUUUGCGUCACAAAGGAUAAGAAGAUCUCUCUCAGCUUUUAGCUUUUAUCGUCAAGGUAAUUCUUUAAAUCUUUAUUGACGAUACACAUAAUUUUAGCAUUCAGAACCAGUAGAUUGUCUGUUUUGGCAUAAAUCGGUUACAGCCCUGCGUCUCUGGCUAUGACAGUGCAGACUCCCUUUAGUUUCUCUGGUGCUUAAGUCAUGUGACGUCUUUCUCUCCCACUCCUCUCUCUCUCUCUCUCUCUCUCUCUUUCUCUCCCCCUAUCUCUCUGUAUUCCUCCCCAACCCAGCAGUGGCUUGGUGGCUGUCCAGCAUGAGUCUGGUCCUUCCUGAGGCUUCUGCCUGUUAAAAGGAAGUUUUCCUUGCUGUUGUCACUCAUGUUCGAUGAGAUGGGUUAAAUCUGUCCCAUCUUAGGUUAGGUCUUGAUAAUUCAUCAAACAAUGAGCGUGGUCUAGACCUGCUAGACCCCUCUAGACCUAGAAAUAAAAUUUGAUUGAUUUAUGAAUUUGAGAAAAGAGAGAUAGAGAGGCAGUCGAGGUCAGGGCUUGAAUACAUCACAGUACAUCCUAACCCUAACCCUAAAAAUUGUUAAGUUCAGCACUAUUGGCGCUAAACGUCAUAAGGCAGUGAAAUGGUGAUUAAAAUUGGAAAGGAAACAGGUUUAGAGAGUCGUGUAUCUGUUAGCUGAGAGAUCAUGGAAGCAGUAUUUUAACUUCAUUCAUUAAAAAAAGAAUUAGUCUUUAUAAAAGUCACAGACCUUUUUCACAGAAAAACAUCAUACUAGUAACACAAACGCUCUUCUGUCCAGUUCUGCAAGCCUGUUUUUAGUGUCAGAACCAGAACAUGGAUGCAGAUUUUUUAAACAAAAAGAGCCACAACAUUAGGAGCUAUUAUUCAUUUUUAGUUCUUCUACCAGUAAUAAUGGUGAAUGGAUGCAUGACAAUAUAUAAACAUAUACUGUAUAUACAGUGUAUUAAGAUGUUCCAUUUGUUGUUCCCUCUGUUAAGUGAAAGGCUAAAAUGCAUCCAGACUUAAAACCACAGAUUUCUCUCCUGCAUUGUGUCCCUGAAGCUGUAAACCAGCUGUGCCUGCCAGAAAAGCCUCCUUGUGUUUUGCUGCUGAUAAAUUUGUCCUUCAUUCACAAUAGAAGUUAAUAAAGCCAACAUUUGGACUGCAGAUUAUGAUGAAACUAACCUGGAGCUUCCUAUAUUUAAAGUCACAAUCCUUUUUUAGACUUGCAGCAUUUGUUUCUUUUAUUUUUUUUGCCUCAGCGAGAAAAAACAAUCCAACAUUUAAAGUUCUGUAUUCAGACAAGCUCACAUUGCUGUUGCAAAUGUCUUCUUCUGUGGAGAACAGUGGAAAGGAGUAAGCAUGCUGAAUACUGGAGUCUAAAUGGAUAAUCAUCACUUGUGUUAUCUGCUUCUUCUGUGCAAUAGCACAUUUUCACUGUUUCUAUCUUUAUCAGCCCCUUUUCCUCUCUUGCUACCUCACGCCUACAUUCAGGCAUGAAUUGCUAACACGUUUUGUCAACAGAAAUUGCAUCGAAAUUCUUUUAAAGGUCAUAUUUUAAGCUUCAUGGCUUGUAUUUCACAUGGCUAAGUUGUGGUGUGAUACAUGACUGUUGUGUAAUCUACACACAUACUCUUCAUAUCCGACCCUCUGCUCUUCCCCGUGGUUUUUUUCUUUUUUUUCUCUCACUCUCCUUCCCUCCUCUCCUUCCCUCCUCUGCUGUUCAGCUUCUUUUCUCCCCAUCUGUGGCUCACCCCCGUCUGUCUCCCGACCUUGUUCAGUUUUUCCUUUUUAGUCCUCCAUUGAGCGUCAUUUUCUUUAAUCAGUCUCCAUUUGUGUCUUUACCCUCCCACUCUACACGCUGACAUCGCUGAAGGGAUCUCUCUCUCACACUACAUCUCCGUCCUUGCUCUCUCUUCCUCCACUCUAUCUGACUUUCUCCUUAUUUGUCUCCCUCUAUCUCUAUCUUUCCCUCUCUCUCCCUCCCUCCCUCCCUCCCUCACAUCCUCAUCUCUCACUAUCUCUCCACGCACACUUGAUUCAUUUUAACAUUAUGGUAGCAUCCAUCAUUUUGCUCUAGAAGGGAAAACUCUCUUUUUUUUGUAAAUACCUGUUUUCACUUCUUUCUACCUGGUUGUCUUUUAUUUUUUCUAACUCCUCCUACUCUGUCCUGUGGAUUCAAUCCUAAAGCUGGAACCAAUAUGUUUUAUUUCCAGCUGGUCAUCAUGGCAGGAACCGUUCUGUUGGCGUACUACUUUGAGUACACGGACACGUUCCCCGUGCACAUGCAGGGCUUCUUUUGCUUUGACAAAGCUUACUCCAAACCGUACCCAGGACCAGAGGACAACAGCAAGGCGCCACCCGUUCUCGUCUACUCCCUUGUCACCGCCAUCCCCACAGUGACGGUGAGUCUGUGUUUAACUUAUUGAAAAAAAAAAACCUUCCUCCACAGGUGCUUAUCAUAAUCACAUGAAACAAUAUGCGACACUCACGCACGCACACACAUUUGGUCCCUCCUCAUCUGCACGUGGUGAUUGUCGGUUGAAAGAGAGGAGAUGAGUGUGUAGGUGUGCAUCCUCGUGGUUUGCUCUGCUCUGUUUGUGAGGAUGCGUUCCCUGUCAUAACCAUGGCAACGGACACUAUAUUUGUCCUCCGUAGAGACAGCUACAGUGUGCACAGAUUCUCUUAUUUCCAGACUGCACGGCACUAAAACAGAAUCAAACAUGCAGCCUAAAUGGCCUCCUUUUUUUAUGCACAAGAGGGAGAGUUUCAUUAUUUUCACCAGACAGGCUUCAUACAAGACUUUCAAAUGUAAAUCAGAGCAGCUCUUUAAUAAUUAAACAGGCAUACAGGAUUGCAAUUUGUAGGUCAUGAAUAUUUGGCUGCAUGCACAUUCACGCAGCAGAUAACAAGCCAAAAUAUUGUUACUCGAUUUGGACAUUUAUUGAAGUGAACGACAGGUUUUCACUCACAAAUAUCUGAAAAUAAAAAUUCAAUAUCUUGUCGUUUUUGUAUAUGUUCUGCAAUUUACAGAAUUUAAUGACAGCAGCCAUACUUUCCUGUCGAUACAGUGGGAGGUUAUUAAUAAUGAAACAGCCUCACAUCCUCAUCAAAGCUCUCUCCGUGAUGGUCUAUCUUGUCCCCCUUGGGUAGUUUCUUUGAUGUCCAGCAGUCAGUGGCAUUAUCACAUGGAUGCCUUGGAGCUUAGGGCAGCUUACACACACACACACACAUGCAUACACAUAUACCAUAAACAUAGACACAAACACUCAUAAUUAUGACCUGAAUCAUUUGUUUCUGUAGCUAUGAGGCCACUUCACUGCCAUCCUUGAUCACAUUCUCAUAGAUAUUUUCAACAUGACUAUUUGAGACUUUUGAGAUCCCUUUAUUAACCUUUUUAUUGACAUAUUGUACAUAAAGAUCUCACACACAGUACAAUCUGACACUUGUACUGGUGCACUUUGUAUUUCUAGGUGUGACUGUUUGUUAGCUGCUUAGAAUGCACUGUAAUGAAUGGAGACUGCAGGCAACUAAAAUGUGAGAGUGGAAGCAGAAAAGCAAGUUUUUGUUGUUGUUGUUGUUGUUUAAUUUCUUGCCUAGAGUGCAAAGUGGCAUUUAUGGAAGUAGAUCAUUCAUGUUCUCUAUUCCCACAAGCCUGUGUUCAGACUCAGUAAAAGGAUAGAAACUCCUUUCACUUCUGUCUUUAUAUAGAGUCAGACUUUUAGCCUGAAAGGGUGAAUGGAGGAGUUCCCGUGACUGACUGAGUGGAUGCAUUGAGGUAACCUUUGGCUUUAUGUGUGUGUGUGUGUGUGAAGAUUGCAUGUUUGGCUUUGACAGCUCCAGAAAAGAAGGCGAAAUGGCAAAAAUAUCAUUUCACUUUCUUUUAUAGCAAAUUCAGGGUCUCGAUUUUAUCAACAUUCGUUUUCACAUUUAUUUCAAGGCUAUUUCUUCAAGUUAUUGACCAGCUAAACUGAAUUAAUCUACCUCUAUUGAAAUACAGUCACCAAAGGAAAAAGACUAAUUGACCGUUUAGGCCAGAGUACCUAUCUGAACAGAUUCAGUCAGUGUUCAAUUUGGCUAAUUUAGCCUGAAUGGUAAGAGUCAGUAAAUGCAGGGUUCCUACGCAAGUAUGGAAAAAAUGGAAAAGUUUGGAAGUAAUUUGAUCAAUUUCAAGGUCUAAAAAAGUAUGGUAAAUGAAAAAAAAAGUACUGAAAAUAUUUAUGUUAACAGACUAUAUUACCACAGUUCUAAAAUACUGUUUUCUGAGAUAUAAAACUAGGUAUUUCCAAAAUUAACUCUGAAAAGUAGGGUAUGGAAAAGUAUGGAAGUUCCAACUGUGUAGGAACCCUGUAAAUGUAUCAGCACAUGAUUCUUUUUAAACAUAUUGAGGCCCCGUUUAUACUUACCUGGUUAUUUUUAAAAACGGAGACAUUAACCAUCGUUUGCACCCUCCGUUUAGAGGCAAACAGAGAAUUUGCCCCUGAAAACGAUGCUUUUUAAAAACUCCAGCCAGAGUAGAGAGACAGAGUUUGCAUGUAAACAGAGAAAAACGGACAUUUAGGUAGCCGAUGGUGUGUGCCGUAAACUGGGUUAAAUGCAACAUUGUUUACAACCUACAGUCUAUGUUUACAAUCUAUGGUGAUCAUGGAUGCAUGCAGAAUUGCAGUCACAUUAAUCCCUUUGUGUUUGUUUCUAUUUGCAAAUACAAGUUGACAAGACUUUGUUAUUGCUGCUUCGAUUCAGGAUUCUUAUUUGCUAAUGUGGGCUUGAGCUUCUCGCUACACUGCCUCCUACAGGAUUGGCAUGCCCUUGACGGCAUAUAUACACGUGUAAGUGUUAACGAAAACUUUUCUGUGGUGUGCACGCAGUUUUUGUCCAUUUACGAAAAUAGCCAGGCAUAUGUAAACGUAGUCUUAGGUUCUAUCUUUGUGUUUACUAUCUUUAUCAAUCAAUCAAUCAAUCAAUCAAUCAAAUUUUAUUUAUAUAGCGCCAAUUCACAACAGUCGUCAUCUCAAGGUGCUUUGCAAUGCACCACCUGUGUUAAAUUUGACACAGAGACAAUCAGGCUCUGCUUCUCUGUUGAGUAAAGGAGUAAACGCUGCCUAUCACAAAACUGACAGAGCUUACAGUGCAGCUUCUUGAAUGUGGGCCUAAUACUUUCAUAGUAAGCGUGUGCAGCUUCACAAUGCAGUGGAUUCACUUAAUGUGGUGGAUGUGCUGAUUGUUUUGUGAGGGUCUGUUUUAGAGCUCUCUUUUAACUCAUCAAGAGGCUAACAUUUCAGAGUGAGGCAUACACUCGAACCACAGACACUGCAAUAGCCAAAUUUUAACUAGAUCCUACACUUCCCAUGAUGCAACUUCUUUCUGUGCCAGGGAAGAUGUUAUACAACAGUGUUCACAGAGUGAGUAAUUUGCUCUAUGAAGUGUAAAAUCCAUGAAGUGCCCUAAAAAGUGUUUUUGCCUUGAUUUACAUCAUCUUUAAGUAAAUUUAUUAAAUCUUCAUACUUGAAGCCCACUCAUAUUAGCUCAGGAACUUUGUCAGGGACUACUCAAGGCAAGUGGAGGCUUAAAGUGCUGCCCCAUCAUCUCAAGCUUUCCUCAUAUGGGAUCACCACACUAAAGCUUUGCCUCUUGGUUUAAAGUUGCUGGUAUGAGAACUGUUUACCCUUAAUGUAAGUUAAUCCAUAAUAACUUUGGUGGAAGUUCAUGACCCUUGAAAAGAUAGCUGGUUAUUGGUCAUGAUGAUAGUUUCAAAGAAUAUGAGAGACACCUUCCCAGUCCAGUUGUUUCACCAACAUCAUGCAGGAUCUUAAGAAGUCACCUGUGGAGUUAAGAUCUUUAUUUACAGGUAACUCUACGGUUACCCUGAUUCAUGAUCAUUUUCCAGUUUUAAUUUGUGUGACUGGAGUACAAACUUUGUAAUUAAUUAAAUUCUGAUACAGAUUACAUUCCCUAUCUAUGACUGCUGUCAUGGUUAUUUAGAGAAAUGACCUGAUGGCAGUCAAAGCUGACACCUCUAACUCAAAAUACUCUCCAUUAUAUUAGAAAAACCCACUUUAAUUACAAAAGUUCCUUAAUGCCCUGACCCCAACCCCCAAUUCUAACCUUACUUUAACUCUAACCUCUCUAUGAUAGCUGAUUAUGAAUUCUUCUAACAAGAGAGGGUUAGUGACUGAAUCUGUAGAAGGAAAUUGAAUGUAUUGUAUCGUAUCAUAUCUGUUCAAAGUCUGAGGACUUUCUAUUGAUAUUAGCAUACAGAACAACAUAUUUAUCAGUCAUUAUGUUACUCAGAUAAGAGGCUUUAUAAGGGAAAGAUGUAAAGAUAUAAACAAUAUUUUAGGCCACAAAGUAACACAGUGGUGGGUAUUUCAAAAGAGGCCUCACUGAACACUCUGUAUCAGCAGCUACUAUAAAUUUUGUGAGAAUUUGGGAUAAUAUACACCUAUCUCACAGAAAUGUGAAACAAGAUGACGUCAUGAGCACUGGCUAAUGUACAUGCUCACCUACACAAAUGUAUGAGUAGAAGGUAUUUUGGGAUGGCACUGUUGCCCCAUGUAACACCCACACCUUUCGCUUAGAGGAAAAAUACCAGGGCUCCAACACUAUUCCCUCUCUCUAUGAAGCUUACAAGGUGGAAAAUCCUGGGAAUCCCUCAGGAAUUACUGCCUACCCUUGAAAAAGAGAAGUAAAAAAGCUUUACCGAAUUGAAAAAGUAAUAUGGUGGAGCUCGGUGGAGAUAAAAAUAAAAGGCUUCCCUUAACUAGCAGAACCUGUCUGAGAGAAACCCUUUCUACGUAAGAACUCAGGUGGACACACUUACACACACAGAUGUUGAAAAACGAAUUGUUGUUUAAGAGAAUAAGGAAGUAAAAACCUUUCUGUUUUACUUUUCUGAACAAUGCAGACUGAAGAUUUGGUCAUCCAGAGGCAUUUGUGGGAAUUUCUGUCUGUAGUCUGUCUGUCUGAGUACAUUACCCUUUGUAAUUUGUUAUUCCUGGGCAGCUUUACAUGUUUUCUCCAACUUUUUAAGGCCUAAAAAGGGGCAGGUCUUGAUUGGAAAUAACCAGAUAAAAUAACUUUGACAUUUCAGGUUAUGCCCCUAGCUUGUGACAGUAUCGUAUUGUAUUGCAUUGUAUCGUAUAUUCUAGGAUAGAUAAAGGUGAAAAACUUUGUUAACAAAAAAGAGUGUGUACAUUUGUUUUCUUCAUUUUCUACUGUUUAUUUUUUUUCUUUUAAUUUCUAAAUGCCUAAAACAGUUGAUAAAACUGACUAUUGUAUGAAAAUCCACCAAGGCCAAAAAAGAGAAAAUGAUUCAGAUUUUAUACUGUAUAACCUCCAGAGGCCAUGGUGAAAUUUUUGUAUUUUCUGGUUCAAAACAGAAACCAACAAGUCUCUCGGCCCUGAUGAAAAGAAAGAAGCCUGCCUCAAAGUGAGGGAAAAGCAGCCAGAAUCUCUGAGGGCUUUCACGAAGUAAACCUGUAUGAUCAGAACAGCAGACACACCAGAGUUGACCACGUUUAAAAUACCAAUGAGUGUAUACGAGCGGAGUUGUAUGUGAGGCAGAGACAAAGAGAAAAGAAGUGAGAGGAUGAGUAAAGUAGAGGCACUUGUGUGGUACUCAACAAAUAUGCUGCAUGUUUCAGUGCAUCAGUGAAGGUGAGUGUGUGGGUGGAUGACGGCGCAGAUCUUCUCCUCCACUUCCGAUUUUUUGUGAGCGUGCAGGUGGGAGUCAGUGUUGACUGGAGCUUGGAUCUGAGAGCUCGGAAUGGCCCCAGGCUAUCUCUGUGACUCUCUAAAACUGUAGCUAAUCCCAAUCGCUGAAAACACAUAAGCACACAGCUCUCUCAGCACAUCAACUACAUAUCAAGAAACAGCAGAUGCAGUACAGGCAACGUUUCAGUAUUAAAGGUGGGGUAGGGAGGAAUCCGUUAAAGAAGCAUCUUUUUUUUUGUGGUGUAUAUACAAAAAAAGCUUUUAAUAUCAGACAAUAGCGAUUAGUCAUUGAUGACAUUUAGGAAUAUCACAAUAUCGCUGUUUUUUCUAUUGCCUGUAUAGUCAACAUUUUAACAUUUUUGAACGGGACGCUCAUUCUGACUGUAAACAAAGUUGUUCUCCACCUCCCCAACUUGAUUGGUUGUGAGGCACGCUCCACGAAUAACGUUCACGAGCCCAAACUAAGUGCUACAAUAUCAGACAGUAGAAACCAACCAAAAAGUACGGAAAAUUAUCUGAAUCCUCCUUUGGCCACGACUGCCGACACAAGCAAGAAAACGAAGUAAAUACCGGAGACUCUGGCAGAAUAACGGGCGUUUUAAAAAGAGAAAGACCAUCCGGACAAUAGCUAAUAGCUAUAGACAAUAGACAAUAUCUUACGGACCCUGUAACCUUUCAGCUGGACAGGUAAACCACUUUAACAAAGUAAGCCAAAUGUCUGUAACAGAAGUGUUUCUUAUCAAACGGGACCUGCCACAUGUUGUAGCGCUGCUAAACUGUUUACCUUGGGUCCUGGAGUAUGUUUCUUUAUCCUAGUUGUAGAAGUCCUGCAAACAUUGUGUUUCCUGGUAGUCUGUUGGCAUCUACAGGAGCACCAAUGCUUUUUACUUGUAAGGAUGCCCAGCCCAGGUCACAAAUGGUCAGUUUGACAAGCUUUACUGAUUGCAGAUCUGGGUUACAGCUUCAUCAUGCCACAAGUGUAACAAAGACUGGUUUGAGACUGUUCAAGUAUAUAUAGUCGUCCACAUUUCCAAGCAUUCUGCUGGCAUUUAGUUGACCUGAAGAAGAGUCCAUGUAGGGUAAGAACAAAGGACAACAUAUUUUAACGAGCCUUAGUUGAACAUAUGGAGAGCCCAUAUAGGGGAAUACCAUAGCAUAACAUAUUUUGGGAACCUGAGUGAUGUCAAAACUGUGUACAAGGUUUUUUGUUGAGGAUGGUUGUUGGAGGCCCCCGGUUCCAGGAAUCUAACACCAACAUAUUCAUAGUUGCUGGAGCAGAUAGGCAGGGCAGAGGAGGAGCCAAGGAGAAAACUGGUUUGAAGGGGUCGUGUUUACAUUCAAGAUUUCUCCCAAAAAACUGGCACUUCCUCAGAUCCUGCCUACCCCACCUUUAAGGCCAUUUAUCACACCAGGCUAGCUUAUAAAAGACGAAAAAUGGUGAGGUUCGAACUCUUCGCACAUGCCUGUAGGAGGGAUUUGUGUUGUAGAGACUGAAAGCCUGAUUGAACACUGCAAUCCACCCAUCUGUCAGUACUGUAAAGCUGUGACCAAGCACAGGAUCAAAUAGUAAUGAUAGGCUUUAGAUGCAUUUGGCACAGUGUGAGACCGUACGGCACAAAGACACACAUUUGGGUUAGCUUUGGAGGCUAAAGAUGAAUGAAAUUUUGAAUGUAGAGCUUUAGUUCACCGCCUUUUUUAUGUGGGUCACAGACAUAAUGCUAAAUACUUGUGCUCCAAAGAGAGACGCUAAUGCUACCAAAUAUUGGCCUUUCAAAGAGCACGAGAAAGCAAAGCGAGGGGUGAGAAUGCGAGAAUGCAAUGUGAAGAAAAGGAAGAAUGAGAAGCUUAGCGGGAUGUUGCAAAAACAAAAAGAGAGACCCAGAGAGCCACUGCUGCCAUUAAGUCACUGCUCACUGUUUAUGAUUUGUUUGCUGCUGCUGUGUUAAACCUUCAGAAGAGCCUUUAUAACACAGCUCCAUGUGGCAGAAAGAUGAGGAUUAAGGUGAACCAUGGAGGCAGACCGCAUCAUCCAGUCACGCCAGGGUUUAUAAAGCAAGAGCCCUUGAUGUCCUCUAAACCGCAGUGGGCCGUUGUUGCUGUCGUAUCUACAAAAGCAGCUGCUGGGUGCCAUCAUGGCCGCAUUGUGUUGAUAUUUUAAUGUUCAGUCAUACCUCCGCAUAAAGUGUUGAAGAGUGGCGUUAAUUGAUUCAAGAGAAGUUGGAGGUUAAAAUAAAUACAGAGAGCUGAGGAUGGUGAUUGUCUUUGCCCUCUAAAGGCCAGAGGUCAGAGUGAGAAGACGCACAGAACUGCAAUGAAAAGUUAUAGGUUUCCUUCCAUCUCUUAACCUCCAAUAAUGUGUAGCCUCUGUGAGAUAUUGUUAUGGUUACAACAGUAAAGCAAGCCUGCAAAAAACAGAGUGGAUAUCCUUCUCAUUAACAGCACAUCUUACAAAGCCAUGAUUUAAAAAAAGGACUUUUUAUUCUUUACUCUAAUAGAAAUAAAUUUAUCAUUGUUCCUUGGGGGGAAUAUUUUUUUUCAUGAAAUCCUUACUUCUGUUUAUUUUCAUCCUUUUUGCACCUAGGGCUGCAACUAACGGCUAUUUUCAUGGUGGACUAAUAUAUAGAUUUUUUUUCCUAUUGAUCGAUUUAUCACGAUUAUCCCUGUUAGCACCUAUUUUGGACCUCUGUUUAACCUGAAGUUGAUAAAAAUCUUCACACCAUUAUAAACGCUAAUAUCAACAGGGGCUGAAAUUAAUGCUGCGUUCCAGUUACUUCGGAAGUCGGAUGUCGGAGCUGGGAAUGACGUGUCACCCGAGUUGACAGCGUUCCAGUAAACAAGUCAGAAAAACAAUAUAGAUGCUGACUGUUAGCCGUUGUUAGCUGUUGUUUACAAAUGACAGCUGUCGUUAGCAGUUGUCAAUUGUUGUUAGCGGUUGUCAAUUGUUGUUAGCCAUUGUUAGUUGUUGUUCGCGGUUGUCAGCUGUUGACAGUUGUUGUUGUUGGCGAUUGUCAGUUGUUGUUAGCCGUUAUUAGUUGUUGUUAGCUAUACCAGUUGUAAACAACGGAUAACACAGUAUUUUACUCGUACAAACACCAUCGUCCAACUUUCCAAGUCAGAGAUCCAACUUCAGGGGGCCGUUCCAGAUGAAUAACCGAAUCGGAGCUUAGAAAUUCUGACUUCCGAGUACAACUGGAACCUAGCAUUAGUAUGUUAAAGCAGCUGCGCCUGUAAUUCACUGUAAAGUACACAUUAAUGUAAGUGAACUGGGGUUCUCUAACCAAGCUUCCUCCAUGAUUUUCCGACUCAAAGACAUACAACACAAAUGUAAUAGAUACUUUCAUCAUGGGCUGAUGGUUAAUUAACAAAUGAGCAUGUGAUUUAAAAGUGUAUAUGACAUAUCAAUGUUAUUUGUGAACUCAUCUCUGUGCUAUGUGAUGAAACAGCAGCUUCAGGGGUUUUAAGGUGUUUGUGCAUCGCUGUAGUGCUACCAUGGAAUGAGAGUUGAGUUGGUUUAUUUUCAGUGAAAUGUUCCCAAACUUUGGGUCAGACUUUUCGAGCCUCUUUGUCCAUUUGCUCCACUGUAAAUCAUGUGAUUUUCUUCUCUGUUUUCCAGCGGGAUGUUAACAGGGAGAGAUACUGCCCCCAGCACUUCCUGUAGUCCACUGCAGUUACAGAUAAGCGUGAAGUGUGAUUUACAACAACAGUAACAGAUUGUGUUGGCACUUAAAUUUUUGUGUCAACGAAUUUUUGUUGUCAACGUAAUCGAUCACGCCGACAAGUCAUUGCAGACCUACUUGCUGCCUGUUACCCUGUGUUACCCUCCAUCAGUUUCAUUCCCUCCAGUAACUUUUUAAAUUGUGCGUCUUCUUCUUUUUGUGGAUUAGUGUGAAAUUAUAUGACCUCUCAAUACCACUAGAGCCUCUUCCUAUUAUAUAACUGGAUCUGUAUACUCUGUCAUUUAUUUCUUCAUAACAGCUAGCAUCUGGAGUCUACAAAAUGUGUGUCUUGUGAAAAAGAAAGUCUAACCUACCAUAAGAUUCACUUUUCUCACGAAAAAGUAAAAAAUAGAACAAUAGAGAGGGAAAGUGUUAAUUGUGAAAGUAUUGUGAGUAAAUCGCUUUAUUCCAUGUCCUAUUAUCCAUUGGUUACGUUUAUCCCAAAGAGAAAAGAGAAAGAAAUGAAAGUGAGCUGCACACAGUAAUUUAUUUAUAACUAGUCUGUUCUCCAUCAUCGUGCUUGGAUCAUCAUAUCUUUUCUCCAUCUGACUUGUAGAUACCUCAACACUCUGUGUCGUGCCAAUGUCUGUCAGUUCUGCGUUGCUGUAAAUAGUUGUGCUGUCCUUGUUCAAGAGAUUUGCAGGAGCUAGUAUGUGUGACUUGACUUGCUGCUUCAUAGUUAUCUUGUAUCUUUAUACAAGGCCAAGGUUUCGCUUUUUAUGUGAUGUUCCAAUCUAAAGAUGACCAGUUUUCAGCUAACAGCAGCUUCAGCAGAAUAAAAGAUUGUUUUAAGUUGAAGGGACUGUUCAUUUUUGUUUUAUUUUUUAUUUGUACAGACUUUUAAACUGUUGGUUACACACAAAAUAACUCACAAUACCCUCAUAAUACAAGAUCAAGCUAUAUUCAGUCUCAUUCCUGUCAGCAUCACAUUAAAGAGAAAUCGCUGGAUACUUGAGGUAAAAUGCGAAGUUGCAAAUGUCUCUGAAGCUUCCCUUGGUCAUAUAUUUUUGGUUAUUCUCUCCUAUGAACCACAACCUUUAGUGCCAUCCAGGAAAUCAGUGUUUACAAAAAUAGACAAGUAAUAGUGUGUCAAAGUUGGCUCCCUCUACUCCUCUUACCCUCUGUUAAAUCUAAUUUAGCUAAUAGAGAUCCACUGUUCCUGAGCCUGAGCGGAUUUUACUUUUAAGACACACCUCUUCCCCCUCCACAAAGCUUACCCUCCAGCUGUGCGGUAUCGCAAAACCCAAUCCUCCUGAUUAGCCCUUUAGAAGAAAUGUGGAAAUGUCUCACUCCAGCAUCGUCUCUCUCUUUGCUAUAAACACUUUUGCUUUUGCAGUUUCUUCCUGUAGGUCUUGCUUAUGUACUGAAGGUCUCGAUACAUAAGUGGUGAGAGGCUGUAGGUGAGCCUUCCUGCUUCAAUCAUGCUAUUGUUAUGUUAAUGUUGAUCAGAAAAUUCCCUUUCAUCCACUUGAUCACCCGCCUCCCUAUUCUAUAUUUACCUUCUAUUGUUAGUGUAAUCAGAGUUGUCAUCUUGGUAAUUGACAUAAAAGACACACCAACGCACAGAUGCACAAUCGCACAAUCACACUCUCCCUUAUUCUGACAUAAUGUAAGGCCGAUGGGGGAAUUUUGUAAAGAUCAUAAAACAUGAGAAACAGUUCAACAUAGUUAUUCAAUCAUCCCCUUUUCACAUUUGCGAUGUACUUGCAGUUGACAGAAGUCCUUUUUUCUUUUAUCAUGCACAUGCACACUAACAUUCAGUCCGAUGCCCACAUGCAAAUUGGGCAGAAGUUUGCAUUCUGUUAAGCCUCAGACAAUCGUUCAUGAAUAAUGGAGUCACACAUGACAGACAGAAGAGGAUUGGAAGGAAAUGUAGAGCCGAGUAAAGAUCUUUGUGUUGUUCUCAAACCCUUUUUUUGGUCUCUGUCCCGAACAGCGUGCUAUGAAGAGAUCAGCUGUCUUGAAAACUUUUCCCAAAACUGAAAUUUUUGAUAUUUUUGUGGUUUUAAAGGCUAGACAUUGCAAUUACUUUUAUUAAAGUUGAAUGCGUGUGAGUAUCAAAGUCAAAGCAGAUUUUGUUUUAUAUUAUUCCAGUGGGAUGAUCUUGAUGAGGGAAGGAUCCUCCUUUCACUUUCCUGCUCUAAAAGAACAGAUGCGAUUUUCAGCUAAACACAUGCAACAGACAGACUGCUUUUAUUUGCAAAUAUAGAUGAAGUGGCCAAAAUAAGAGUUCAAGCAAAAACUAAGUUUGAAGACUAAAUGAGACAUAAGUUAGAGUAUAAAAGGGGUGCACAAAAUAAUAGAAAACUUAUUUAAUUAGUUAAUUUUAGAUGUUGACUUCGCUUGUCGAAAUGAACUCUAAUGGGGCUUGGCCUCAAAGUGGACCAUCAAGGAAAUUAGACCUUUUUUGUCUUUUUUUGUACUUCCACUGUGACUUCAUUUCUCAGUCUGUGAGAGUGCUGCUUACUUCGAAAUAGUACAUCUGUCUAGACUGAAAUUUGCCCACCUCUCCUGGAAGUGUUGUGUCUGCAUCAUCAAAUGCCAGCAGCAUUAUGUUGAUUAGUUCUCAGGCUGUGGUGUCUAAAAAAAACACCCUUUGUUAAUCACAUUAAAUGACUGGUAUACUCUGUGUUCAAAGCAGUGGUUAUUCACCUCAAACUAUGCUAAAAUAUACUCAGUAGGCACAUAUACAUUGAGUCUAACCUACGACUACUACUUCUACUAAUGAUUAUAUACUAUAUACUAUGUUUAUUAGAUGGCAGAGUAUAAAGUAAAUAAAAUAUAUAGGAUAAUUUGUAUUUUUUAACAACAUGGGCCUGUUUUUCCACAAUAAGCCGUUCAAUAACAACAAUAUCAUUACCAAAAUCUAAUAUUCACAAGACAGUGUAAUACAAGGCUUUUACCGAAACAUGUUUUUUGUUUGUGAUUUACACUUUUCAAAGCAUGCUCAAUAUUAUUAAUCACUGUUAUCACCGAAAUAUCGAGAUAUUAUCGUUUUGUCCUUAUCAUCUAUCUAUUUCCUAUAAAUUCUUUGCAUAAAUGAGUAGUAUUGAGGAAAAGUUAUGCACUAAAAACUUUGUCCUUGGAGAUAUAUGGAUGAGCUAGGAAAUCACAUUUCGUGCUUGUUUAGUUAGCUAAUCAAUCAAAUAUCAUUUCUCUCACUGGUGGGCUCUGGAGAACAGGUUAGUUACACAAGUCAUUAAAAUUUUUAACUAAUGUAGGCUCCGAAUGCAGGUCGUAAACUGUGACUGAACUGCAUAACCAUGCAUCCAGCUCAAGCUAGAUAUUUCUGCUGUCAUGCCCCACUAUCUGGAUGUAAACGAGCACUUACAACAGAUAACACCUCCUAGCUUAGCAUGGUUUGGUAGUGUUUUGAUUAAAAGGGAGAUAAAGUUCUGUGCAGGUCGUGAUGGGUGAAUUCAACAUGUGAAUGUUAACCUACAGGGUUUGAUGGCUGGUAGUGCUAGCUCUGUUACCAUUAGCUAUUCUCUGUUUGUACAGCUUACCCGCAGAAUCCUGCCACCCUGAGUUUAGCUAGGCUAAAUAAGUCAUACUUCACUUUGAUUGUUUAUAUGUAUUCAUUUACCUUAAGACGACUGAUAUUUGGAAUAUAAAUCUUCACUCAGCUCCAACUAGUGGUACCAAAAACUCACUUUCUCAGCUGUGGCUCCCAAAUUGUGAAAUGAAUUGCCACUCGAAAUUAAAAAACAUCUCCCACUCUUUCUACUUUUAAAUACGUCUUAAAACUCAUUUUUUUUAGCUCAGCGUGAGAGUUGUGUGAUCUCUGUCCUUUUUUGUCUUUUAUAGUCGUUUUAUCACUUUUUUUUCUUUUGCAUUUGUAUUUUUAUUUGUUAUUUACCUGCUUUUAUUUAUUUCAUCUUGAUGUUUUCAGCAUAGUCUGUCCUUUUAUUUGUAUUGUGCAGCACUUUGAUAGACUUGAAUGUUUUUUAAAAUGUGCUGUAUAGUUAAAGCGGAUUGGAUUGGAUUGGAUUGGAUUUAAGAAGGUUAGGGUUAGGGAUAGGGUUAGAAAUUAGUCACUUUGGAGCAUCACCACCCCAAUAUGGAGAGAGGGAUAUAAAGAGGAGCUCUGCAGAGAAACCUCCUUUGCUCCUGGAGUGUUGAGGGCGGGGACCUGGGUUUAUUUAUUGAGAUUUACUGGACUUUUUUGGAGUAUACAGAAGUUGGAGUCCCAGCCUCUUAAUGACAUCAACUGAGGACAUGUUGUAGUUUUACUUAUGAAGCAAUGUACUGCAAUAUGACCAUCUCAUUAUAGAAAAAAAAUUGGCGAAGUGAAGAUUAGACCUUCCUGAAGGGGCCUUGGUCUUCUUGGAUGAUUUUUGUUUACUAUAAUUAACUUUAAAUGCUGCACCUACCUUCCUGUUUAUCCAGAGAUUUCUCUGAGUAUUUCUGCCCUCAGUGUUUUAAGUUCAGUAUCCAGAGUCACUUUUGGCCCUAGACUUCACAGCUAUAUAAUAACAGUGUUUCUUUACCAGGCAGCUUUUUGAAGGGGACAUAAAACACGUCCUCUACAGACUAUACAAAGCCAUUGAGAUGAUAAAAUACUACAGACAUAUUUCACAACACUCUAAGAAGUGGGCAUAUUCAGGAUGAGUUUCCAACCUAUGCUGACUCAGUUAGUUUUACUUUCUUCCCUUCUGUCAGUUCUCUGCCUUUUGACCCUGAUGCUGCUCACUAUGAGAGUUUAUAGUAACCUCUGAGAAAAGUGUCUUCCUCCUCACUUUCAAACUUUGCCUCAUGGGUUGAUAGAAAAUCGACAUUCUUGUCAUCUGUGUGCUAAAAACAAUGUCUGGAUCUUGAACAGUGACACAGGGGCUUCGUAUGGCUUUAUAGAGAGAGUCAGUUUUCUCACUAAAGGUCUGAUUUGCUAUUGCAGGUCAUACGAAGAGAGCUUUAACCAAUUGAAACUGUUUCAUAUAAACUCUAUGUAAAAGGCUCACCUUAAAAAAAGACACAUUUGAGCAGACCUGGGCAAUUUACGGCCCAAGGGCCAAAUCCGGCCCUUUGGAUGUCCCUGCCCCGGCCCUUGGUGAGGUCUGUCAAUCAAAUCAUCAACAUGCUAUGAAAGUGUGUCGCUUUUAUUUUGAAAACAUAGCCGUUGUUUUAUUUCAGUUUGGAUGCAUACAUUUGAGCGUACAUCCUAGAUCUGCAUUCGUGAACAGAGACAAGUUUAAACAUCGGCAAAAUAUUCAUAGAUGCCUUAUAGUUGUCAAUUUUGCUUAUUAUAAAAGAAUUUAAGCUUGUUUCUCUCAGAAGUCAUUUUUGGGGGCUUGUUUUUAACUAGUAGUUGCGUAUUUGGGCUUGCUUUUCUGUAUGUGAACCCCCCUGAUUUGAAGUUGAAGUUUUUGUUGGUUCGGCCCUCCAACACAGUUCAGGGUUCCGCAUGUAAAAAUUAAUUGCCCACCGCUUUAUUUGAGGGUGUAAUCGGUUUUCAUUUGAUCCUAAUCAAUUGUUUGUCUGCCAUCUAGUGUGUUCAUGUGUGUGUUUGUGUUAGCAGACCGACAGAUGUGCACGUCAGCAGCUGUGCUCAUGAACUGAACAGUGACAAAGGGCAGGGAUAAUAGAGGAUAAUCACAGCUUUACCCAGCCUCUGCCAAUCAUACUGGCGAGACGAUUGAGAGAUGAAGACAGCAGGCUAUGUAGCCCCACGUCGAUACGCCUGACCGGCUAUCCACUCCCUCUGAGAUAGCCUGUAAGACAUGCUCUAAUCCAGCCAUACACUCGUGCUCUAACUCUGCUGGAUUAGCUGCAAGGUUUCUCCACACACUCAUCCAGGAUCCCUCUGUUUCUGCGUGACUAUAAGCACAGCAAGAGAAUCAAAUCUGGGGUGGGAAGGAGAAGAGAGGAGAUGCAGAGAGGCUUAGGAACAGUAGGGAAGAUAAGGACCAAGAGGCAGAAACUGGAGACAAAUAACAGGAGACGAGAUAGGACAGAGGGGGAAAGCAGAGGAGAGGAGAAAAUGAACCAGGUCAUAUGUCAAAACAUGGAGGAAACCUUAUGCAGAGCACAACGGGGAUGAGAAUCGUGAGAGAAUGAGAAGAAGAAGAAAAGAUAGCAAUUAUUUUGUCAAUAAAAGAAAGCAAAAAGGAGGUUUUUCGGUAGCCUAGUUUCUUCCUCCGCAGAGACCUGGGAAAGCUGACAGGCAAUAAACGAAUCACAGCAUAAGAGCAGGGUGAGAUGGAGAGAAGGAGAUGGAGAGAGUGUGGGUGAUGAUGAAGCUGAAGCAGCUAAAUCGUCAUGGUUACCAUCGCCGGUGUGUGUGACAUGGCCGCCUACGUGGAUUUAUGUGUGCAUGUGUGUGUGUGUGUUUUUUUAAAGUAGAGCACUGGGCCCACAAUAUCAACAAAUGUCAUGUGAUAUUUGCAGAAGCUCUGUGUCGACUCGGUGUAUUCCUUAUCAGGCUUUUCAUGUUCCUUUCAGCCAGUAUUACAUCCUUCUUAGACACUGAGGUAGAAAAGACCUGCACUAUACAUCCAUAAGUGCUAAGAUAAGCAAUUUAACAUGGCGAUGAGUCAUAAUGUGGAAGUUCAUGGUGUUAAUGCGUAGCUAAAUUUAGCGUUUAAUCAUAAAACCCCUGAGCUGUUAAUGACAGAAUGACGAAAAUUCCUUACACAUGUGGUCGAAACGCACAGACACGCUGGCGUAAAAUUUAAGCUCAAGCUAAAAUUUCUUUUUAUGUGUCGUGACGUCAAAUCAGCGUUUAAUGCUGCAUCACUCUGUCUACUGCUAAAUACUGUUAUAGAUCAUAUAGGAGAGAGUGGGGUAAGAUGAGGCAUUUUUCAUAUUUCGGAUCACUACAUCAAGGCAAUCAUAGUUUUGUCUCUCACUAGUGUAUCUGCAUAUAUUUCUAGAUGUUGUGCAUCCCUGCAAACCAACAGAAUGAGUGUAAACAGAACUGUCUUGAUAAUAAACAAAGUGGUCUCCUAUGAUCAGUUUACCCCGUGUAUGGGGUGAGUUGAUCAUAUGAGUGGGGUAAGUUGAGCCGUAUCCCUACGACCCCCCCACUCUCCACCCGACUUCCUCCCCAGCCCUUUCUCCCCCUCUCUCUCCCUAAAUAACAGUCACUUCUUUGUGGUAUAGUAAUUUUUUUUUAUUAUUAUUGCAUAUAACUGCUAAAAAGCUGUUUUGUAAAAAGUCAUUUUUACAUGAGAAUACCUUUAAGUAAUUCAGAACAUUCACAGCUGUAUUUUUGAAAAGAAAAAGUGAAACAUUUCAACAAUCUGAACUGAAACUCUGAUCCUCUCAUCAGACUCCUUUGGCUCAAUUUACCCCAGAACUACUAUGAUGACUUAAUUAGUCCUCUAAGUUAAAAUGAUGGACUUUUAUUCUAGGUUUUUGACCUGAUGUUGUUGCUCAUAGAUACCACAAUUGAUGUAUAAAACAAAUUUAAAAUGAUCUUUUUUGGUCUGAACACAAUUCUAAUCAAACUAAUGACAGACUAAAUUCACUUUCAACAGUGAAAAAUGUUUUUUUUUUGUAAAUAAAUGUCUAACCUCUUCACCCAUGUGCUUCUAACCUUCACAGACUCCAUGAAUUGAUGCCCAUCUCCUAAAUAUUUGGUCACGUGAUCAAUGUCUUUUACCAUUUCCAAGCAACAGAGGGUGGCUCAACUUACCCCACUCUCCCCUGCAGUUAGACAUUCUACUGCUUUCAAUGUUUCUACUAGUUUCUUAUGCACUGUUACUCGUACAGGUGGUGGACUUGCAUACUUGUUUUUGUAAGACUGUCUCUGUGUAUUUUUAUGCAAAAUUGAAAGUGAUGCUUGAUCAAACAUCUAGGAUGCAAAAAGUCGUAUGACAGAAAUCAUCAUUACAACCCAAAUAAACUCUUUAUAAAGUUCUCUUAUGUGAUAUCACCUCCUGAAAUAUUUUUUUUCUUUUUCAUGUUUUUCCUCUUUUGAUCUUCAAACGUUGUGCGCACGAAUACACGCUGUUUGGUGCUCACAAAAGUAGAGGGAGAUCUCCUACAGUCAACCAGCCAUCCUGUCACAAUAGGUAGAAAAUGAAAGAAAGCCAAUUAGAGCCCACUCAACCUCCACAGCCAGCUUCUCUCUGCGCCAUACUGUUCCCACAGACUUCCUUUCAGCUCAUCUAUACAGUUGUCAGAGAUGAGAAACACCUCACAACAAAAACUCUUAUUUACAGCUUUCUUUUCUGUUGUUCCUUAAAAAAGAAAAGAGGUUGUGUUAUCUCUACUCUCUUGGAGAAGACGAGUUGAAGAGGUUUUCCUCUCCUCUUCUUCAAUUUUUAUUUUACACUCUCCCUCCCUAUCUAUCUCUCUACCCUCUCUCUCUUUCCCAUUUUCUCCCACAAAAAUAUCUGUCUGGGGUAGGGAUGCAACGAUUAUAGAUUUUCACUGUAGGAUUAUAGUAUGAGAAAUAAUCCCGGUUUCACGAUUAUCACGAUUAUUAUACAUAAAUUUCACAACACUACUAAUACUACUUUAUAAAAUUACAUGAACAUUCUUGAGUGUUCUUAAUUUGCUAUUUAUUGGCAGAAAACAGUAAUCAAACACCACAGUACAAAAUAAUAAAUAAAGAUAAACAAAAAAAUCUAACUCUCCUUUGAAAGGGAGAGUAGCAAAUAAACAGUGUCUUUGUCUUUUUGGAAUCAAAUAGAAGCUACAUAUUAGCUAUGUGUUUCCCUUUAGAACAAAACUGCUCCGUAAACAUCUGUUUUCCCUUUAGAAUAAUACAUAUGGAGUGAUUGAUCAACUAUAUUACAAAAUUAUUUCGUAUUUUCAGUUUGUUAUUUUUUCUGCAUUUAUUGACCUGAGUAGAGAACUUGCAAACAUGGUGAAAGCUGUACAGCUGCCUUUUGAAACAAUAAUACUCUAAUAGUGAAAAUAAAAAGAAACAAGGUCCAUAUCUUUGGAAUAAAAUGCAAGCCUUUUUGCCUUUUUAACAGAACAAGUACUCAAAGGCUACAGAACCCAUCUACAUCAGGGCCCUUUUCACAAACAGCACAUUUAUUUCAAGUCCUUUCAGUUCAAAUUAUAGUGCAAAAAUGUGAGCAUGUUCACAUUGUCGGCGCUCAGUCUUGACCGCUGAGGAGACAGGAUAUGGCCACUUGCACUGAACACCCUUUCUGAAGGCACACGUGUUGCAGGAAUACACAGAUACUUUUUGGCUACUUUCGAAAUUGUGGCACUGUCUUUUUCAUUAGAUGGAGAAAUCCAGGUUUUUCCACAAUCUGAAAUGGCAUCAUGUCUUUGGAGAUGAAAUAGGCCACAGCUUCAUUCAAAUCCUGGGCUUGUUUUGAAGAGGGAGCAUAGGUCACAGACUUUGAAAAGGAUGCCGCCACAGUAGGUUGUUGAAGUGCAGAACUAGAGGUAGUCUUAAGCUAAAAGUGAAUAAGAAAAAUUAAAAUAAAUAAACAUGCCAUGAACUUUGGAUUUGCAGUAAUGAUUUAAGUUAUUUAUAAAUGUUUGAAAUAAAGUAUUUAUAAAUAAAGUAUUAAAUGAAGUAAAACAUCUCUUAUGCCGUGUUAAUAAUAACUGAAAUGCAAUUAAUUAGAUCCCAAGAUGGGAAGAAGAAAACUUCAUUGACUCCGCCAGAUGGUGCCGGAGUCAGGUAAAACAUGCCGCUUUGCGGCUGUUUGUUUACAUUGAAUUUAGAGCUCAACUCUCACUGCUACGCCACUGAUUGUAUGUGACACGUUUAUACUUGACUCCCUACCAACUCAAUGUUUCCUUAGGUAACUUGUUCUAAACGUAAUUUUACUCGGUCAUUGUGUGUUACCUUUACUUCAGUGUGUGAAGUCGGGUGAUGAUCCCGCAAAUGCUGCAUUAAAUUUGAUGUAUUCGAUCCCUUAGCCGCAACUUUUUUGCGGCAGGCUUUACAAAUUGGUGCUCCGUCGUCCUGAAGGACCCCCUGGUCAUUUUUAAGAUAACCAAAAUGCUCCCAAACUCCCGACUUUACUUUUUUUUUCGGCGGAAAGAGAGCGUCGCUCCCGGGUGCUUCUGCCAUCAUUAGCUCAUUUAGCGUAGCCGCGUUCUUCUUCUUCUUCUUGCGUUGUUUCCAGCAGAGUAGUCACGUGUCUCCCGAUCAUAUGACAGCACGGCACUAAAAGCAGGUGCAUCGCUGGUGUAACUUUGUUUUCCUUUCGAGCAGGUUGCGCCAAAAUAGCAUGUCAUCCGUUUUUUGCGAGUGAUAACAAACAUUCGGUGUUGCGGAGCCUGUGGGAUUAAUUAACCGUGACGUUUUAAAUCGCGGUUAAUAGUACUAUGGGUUAAUCGCUGCAUCCCUAGUCUGGGGCUUUACAACAGCACCUCUUCAGACUUGUUGAUGUCUCAGCUUAAAUCGCAGACUAACCCGGGAUAUGAAGAAAAUUGACUUAAAAAUGCUGCAAAUGCCUCUGGAGCACUGUCGACAUCUGCUCAAAACUAAUUGGCUGCCAAGUGUUUUUCACUUCCUUCCAGUUGAUUUUCAGAGGAGUGAAAAGUUUUUCCUUCUUCUGAGAUUUUUGAAAAUUACAGAUUGAAAGGUAAAGUUGAACCCACAGGCAAGUCUCAAAUACCUGCCUUAUACACUUUAAAGUUUAAAGUCUACUUCUUCAACUACUUCCCCGCUUUCACAGCCCCUUUGCUCACUUUUGCUUAUCAAAAAUGAAACAUCUUGUAUAUGGAAACUGUUUUAUUUCCCCAGCUCAAGCAUAACAUCGGCGUAGAAUUAAUUUUAACGUCUUACUCUGGGAGAAUUGUCCUCAUUUCAAACAGGAUCUGUCAGGAAAGAUUUUCACUUGGGGUGUUUUGGACUUUUAAGUGUUUUUGUGAAUGCAGGCCUAGACACUAUUAUCUGAAUAGGCUGGUUUGGUGACAUGCAGUGGAACAGCAGCAGACACCUCAGCAUGAAUAAAGCGGGAGUGUUUUGCUGUGGGCUGGUACACCAAGAGUACCCGUCUGCUGCACCUCUCAAAAAAUCCACUCAACCCUCAAAAAUAAUGUCAAAUCACCUCGCUGUCUUCCCCUCCAUUAGAAGCGGACUAAUGCUCUGGAAAAUCUGCUGUAUUUUGCAUUUCAUGAUGGCUGAAUGUCAGGCUACCCCAUCUUCUCCCUCGCCUGGAUAGCUUGUCUCCAAAUCUCCCGUUUUGUCUUAUUCUCUUAUCUCUUAAUUAUACUUUUCCUUUCUGCACAAAUACCCCAAAAACUUCCCUCAACACAUUAUUCUUUAGUUUUAAACUUUUUCAUUAACUUAAAUGAAAUACAAUACCUUUUGUUUGUUGUAUAGAAAUGUCUUUUUCUUCGUGUUUGUCUCAGCCAGGUGUUGCAUUGUUUGUUGGCACUGAGUUUUUUGUCUCUGUUUUGUAUGUCUGCAGGUGUGCCCCUGUUUUGUGUACUUGUUAUUGCUGACAAGAUGUCAAAAAGACUUCUAUCUACACAGUGCCAGAGCUGGAUUGUAAAUGUCAAAUGGGUUUUGUUGUUUUUGCCAGACACAUGGCGGCGAAGUGACAGGAACUCUGCUGAAAUAGAGAUGUGUGUGUUAGAUGGAAGCAGGUACACAGAGAGGCUGGAAUGGUACGCAAUAUGGCGACUCGAUGUUAUACUUUAUAUUAUAUCAGGUUUUUAUAGUUUUCACUCAAUAUUUCAAUGGAUACAUUCGAAUCAUAUGCUCAGGUAAAAUGGGAAUUAUCAUAGCUUAUUUUACAACUAUCGAUAUCAACAUACAUGUGAUUUCUAAUGCACUGUUUGUAUAAACACCUUGGCUACAGUAUAAUCCAACUUCUGUGCUGAUAGUGUAUCUGAAGCCCUAAGAUAGCACACACUUGUAGACAGCAGUUGUGUUUAUCUAGAACAAGGUGGAAGGUGCCAAUAUUGCCAAGAACCUCAGCCAACAACACUGAACUCCUAUUAAAAUUUACCUUUUGUGAUGAGAUAUUUGACAGACGUGACGUAAAGUUAGACAUCAAUUGGAGUCAUAUUUCAGCCCCAAUUUGGCCUCAAUCAACAUGACCUUGGAAUGAGACCUUUGGACAAAAAUGGGAGUUUGGGAAACAAGCCAUCAAGGUUAUAAAUGACCAUGACUAAAACCAGAUAGGAAAUCUUUAUCUGAAAGUUUCAGAAUUUCUCUAAGUGAUAAUGUUUCCAUUGUGACAUUUAGCAAUGCAAACUUAAAGAGCAAAAAAAUGACGAAUGUUGAUAUUUCAGGAUUACUUUGUUGGGAAAUUGUUGGAGAUGUUUUGUGUUACUGAAGCUACGGUGGCCCUCAAGAUCAAUGGCACAAAUAUGUCAGGAAAGCAAUAUAUAAAUAUUUCAUAAAACACCAAAACAUUUUCCAAAACGUAGAAAAUGUUUCACAUGAACACAAGAGAUAUCUUAGAUACCACAAAUAAAUUCUAAACCAUGUAAAGGUUUGGGAACACAAAAAAAUAUAAAAACAAGAAUGUUUUGAAAAUGAAAAUUAAUUUCGAAAAAACAAAAUGGUAUUCCUUUAACCGAAAAUAUUUAACUCCCUGAAAAAUGUGUCUUUUUUUUUUUUCCAAAAUGUUUGUCUUUUUUCAAAUGUUUUUAUUUUUUCAAAAAUUAUUUGAGUUCCCAAAAAUUUUCAUAUUUUCAAAAUUUGCUUGUGUUUUCUUAAACAUAUUUUGUGUCUAUGUGAAACUUUGUUUUUUGUAAAAUGCUUUCAGUUUCUUAAUGAAAUAUUUUCCCAUUGAAUUAAUUUUGUUGUAUGAAAUGUGCCCUCCAGGAAAACUUGUGCCAUUGACCUUUAGCGGCAGUAGCUCAGGAGGUAGAGUGGUCGUCCAAUAACCGGAAGGUUGGCAGUUCGAUUCCCCCCCUAUCCCAAGUCAGUCCGUUGUGUCCUUGGGCAUGACACUUAACCCACCUUGCUCCCAGUGUGUGUCCUCCACUGGUGUAUGAUUGUGAGUGUUGUGUGGUGUUGGUCGGAGAGGCCGUAGGCCCAAAAUGGCAGCCACGUUUCCGUCAGUCUGCCCCAGGGCAGCUGUGACUACUAAGGUAGUUUACCACCACCAAAGUGUGACUGUGUGAGCGAAUGAAUGAUGUAUCCAAUGUAAAGUGCUUUGAGGGUCUCUGAUAAAGCGCUAUAUGAAAUCUGAUGCAUUAUUAUUAUUAUUUCAGGGCCACUGUACUUGACACCCCAUAAACACAACGUAUUACCCACAAAGAAUCUCUGCCAAAGUCAAUGUUGAAUUAACUCCUGUGACCAAAAGUCUAUUGAGUGGUAUCUCAAGAUUGUUACGAAAACAAAAAGAUAUCAGCACUUGCAAUAAAGACUAUAACUUUUGAUAAUAAUGAUAAGUGAUAACUGUUUUUAAGAGCUACAAGCCCUUCCAUAUGCUUACAUGGAAGGCGGGGAGAGCACAUCUGCCCUCUGUGUCAUAUGCAUACAUGAAAAACCAAUGCAGGGAGAGCAGCAGCAAAGAUCCUAGAGCAGGCAUCUGUAACAAUACAUGUGGCGGGUUGCUAGGCAGUUUGCAUUAGGAAGAGUUGGCAGAUUGAUGCAGUUUAAGUGGAAAGCCCAUAUGACAUUUGCCAGUUGGAUGCUUGGAGGGUAAUUACCUAAGCUGUCAGCUGGGUUGGACCAGUAGUACAAUCAGCUGAUGUACAGAAGGCUAGUCUUGACUUUUUGACUUGAACUAACGCUAUAUCCUUUGUAUGGGUGUCAUGCUUGAAAUCAGAGCCAGGGUUAUUCAAAAGCCACGUCCCAUCAUUAUAUUCCCAUUUUUUUCUAUUUCAGACCUAUUAUUGUAAUUGAAUUGGAUGCCCAGUGAAGCAGCAGCCAUAAUCUUUGGUGAGAUCAGUGUAAAAUACGAGUAGUAUUGAUUCUCGGUACUUUGAAAUACAUGGCUGUGGGAGAAAUAUAGCUCGAAACAUCCCUGUAGGAGAUGAGAGAACACAAUGACUUGGGAGUCGUUCAAAAAGUAAUUGCUUUGAAGAUAAAGAAGCAUGGCACUUUCACAUCUCUGUGAAAAGAGGGAGAAAGAGAGAAUAAUGAGACCAUUAAGGGCCUGAUGGCAUCAACUUGAACUGCGUCUCUUUAUGAAACUCCACCAUCUUUAAUGUAGAAAAAAAAUACAGCCGUCACAGUAGGGGACCAGUAAAGUCAGCAUUAACACCAGAGACUUUGAUCCUACAAACACUAUAUGACAAUGAAGACUCAUGUAUCAUAUAGAUUUCUCUUUGAAUAUUUGCUCUUCAAGCUCUCUGAACUCACCAUAAUCACACAGCAACCAUUGUCAAUAUUAUGCUGCAGGCUUUAAAGCUUUAAAAGCAAAGGUAAUGUUAACAGGCCAUAAAUAGUAUGAUACUACUUCUUCAAUAAUGAGCAACUAAGGACUAUAUUGACUUUACACUGUAAAGACCUAAUUUUAAAAGAUAACAUAUUUGAAAUCCCAUUGGCUACAAUAAGAUACCAGCUAGUGUCGGUAUUCGACUACCUACAGUAGCUACCGUUAUGUUGGAUUUGGAUCAAUACAUUAGUUACCUCCGCCAAGGAGGUUAUGUUUUCGGUAGCGUUGGUUUACGGAGAAAGUAACAGACGGAUUGACCUGAACUUUACGGAGAAAGUAACAAACGGAUUGACCUGAAAUUGUCACCAGAGGUGCGUGUCAGCCCCAAGAGGAUCCCAUUAAAUUUUGGUGCUGAUCCGGACAAAAUUCUGGAUACUGUGAUCCAGAACACGCAAAAAUAAGGGUGUCGUUGGAAUUUUCAAUGCUGAAAGAUAACCAAUGGUCGGCACAGUGCUGUAGAUAGGCGGCACAGUGGUACAGCUGGGCGGCACAGUGGUGUAGUGGUUAGCACUGUUGCCUCACAAUCAGAAGGUCCUGGGUUUGAAUCCCGGUCAGGGCAUUUCUUGUUUUAGGAACAUUUUGAAUAGUGAACAUACCAGUUUAAACACAAAUAAACGUUAAUAAAAGACACGUAACAGUAAAAGUUUUGGGGUGAAUCACAAUAUAAGGGGGACAUGAGCUGCUUGGCGGAGGUCUGCGCUCACCGAGUGCUUUUAUAGUUAAAAAUGUACACAUUUAUUAUUAAGGAUUUAAGGAACAGGAUUCAAACACUGUUGCAGUUUCCGUACUAGAAUUGAAAGUAAGAUUGAUGUGCUCUCUUAGAUUCAUGUUAUUGUUGCAAAAAUAACGAGUGCUGAAUAAACCGUAACUGUACCCGAUGUAUUUCUGGGAGAUGCUCUUGUGAAGUGAGUGUGGGAGAGGAGGAGGAGGAAGAGGAGUGGAGGAGAUAGCAUUCACCGAUGAUCAGUCAGCUUGCAGCCAGCAGGACAGAAGGCAUAAGAGACUCGUAAAUGCUGUUGUUGGCAAUUAGUCAGCUUGAAACUGAGAUUACAGAUUAGGCAAAGAUGUUGAUUGCAACAUAAUUAAACCCCUCAAAGGCUCAUUCCAAGUUUGCCAAAUUGGCUCCUGCAGCUGGUUAGACAAGUAUGACUGAUGUUUGAAGCUAUCCCAAAAGCAGUCAUUUUUAAUAGGACUUGCAAACCUGAAUAUCUGCAGCACGGAUAUCAGAAUAUGAAUUCUGCAAAGUCCCAAAAAAAACUUCUCCUGGUUGUGUCAGUGUAAUCCCCAGGACUCCUUGAGGAUUCAUUGUUGGCGAAAUGAAACACAAUGAAUCAAGGUGACUCGAUCCACUUGGUUGACAUUUUCCUCUGGUGUCAUACUAAAGGUGGGAGGCUGAAAACUUUGCUCUGUGUCACUUUGCUGUGUUACAGUCUCUGAGUCAUACACAUUUAGUGUAUCUGAGAAUGUAAUCAUCUAACUGCUCCUUCUACUUUACAAUUGGAAAGACAGUAGAUAUUGUAAGUUAUCCAGGUCAAGACUUGAUAAGGGCAGCUUUUGAUUGAAGUUGGAAAAGUGAAAAUAAACAUACGUUCUAGGGCUGGGAAAAAAAUUUACAGAUACAGAAAUUUACAACAAUAACUGAAUAAAUAUAUAAAUAAAAGUUGGUUUUGGAUGUGUGUAGGUAGGUUAUGGUCUCAUGUCCCUUUAAGACGCUGUCCUAAGUCAGAGACGUGACAUCAGUCCAUCCAGUCCAUAACAAAGAGGGAAAGACAGAUGAGGAGAUGGAGAACGGUUCAAAAGUUGUAGAAGUAGACGAAGUUAAUGUGGGAGGGGGUGAGCAGCUUGUUGAGUAGUUAUCGUCCAUUUAUCAUUAUCAAGGUGAACUGCUCAAUAUAUUGUGGUGUUGAUUCGAGGCCAUAUCGCCCAGCCCUAAUACAUCCCUACUUUAGAGGACCUCUGGUACUGGGACACUAGCACUCCAUAAGUGCUCAACAGACUACCUUUGCUCAGCAAAAGUGUCACACAAUAAGAUUUGGUAGUGCGGCUAUAGCCAAUCAAGUGACUGAUAACUAUCCACCACCACUCACAUCCACACCCCAACAGGUAGGGCUGAGUGAUAUGGCCUCAAACAAUACAAUAUAUAUUGAACAGUUCACCUCGAUAACGAUAAAUGGAUGAUGACUACUCCACAAGCUGUUCACCCCCUCCCACAUUAACUUUGUCUACUUCAGCCGCUACAACUUUUGAACCGUCCUCCUUCUCCUCACCUGUCUUUCCCUCUUUGUUAUGGACUUGAUGGGGUGGAGUCAUGUCUCUGACAUAGGACAGCAUCUUAAAGUGACAUGUGACCACAGCCUACCUACACACAUCCAAAACCAACUUUUAUUUAUUUUUUUUUUUGACACCAAAUAUACUAACAUGGGCAAAAUGAUGUCAGUUAUUGUAAAUUUCGGUAUCGCUAAAUUUUCGGUUUAUCGCCCAGCCCUACCAACAGGCUGAUGCUGUGUUUCUAGACGACAUGCCCAGAGUGCCACUCCAAUGGGACACAUAACCAAAAGAAAAACUGUGACGUGUUAAAGUUAGUUAAUUUUCUUUUUUCUGUGAUGCAUUGCACUGUAUCUGACAGGAUAUGAUUAAAAGAGGCCGCAGGCUGGAAAACAAUGGUACGGAUUUAUCCAUCAAGAUUGAAGUGUUUUUUACUCCUCAGGAUUUGUCAAGAAGAGGCAGCAGAACAGGGAAGACUCAAAUACACGACACAGAGUAGGUUCCACAAUCCAGGAGCAAGGUUUAUUGGCAGGCAGAGUUCAGUAAACAAAAAGGCAGUCAGAGAAGGCAGAAGUAUCCAAAACAUGAGACUAAAAUCAAGGUAGGGGAUCAGACAGGGAUCAAAAUUCAACUAUGACUAUGAAAGAAUGCCUGAACAUCAGCGAUGAACUGGCAACAAGACUGUGACACAGGGAGGAUUAUUUACAUAAGGUAAUGGGGUGUGAUAAGACACAAUCAGGGACCAGGAAGGGGGCAGAGCAGACACGAACCAAAACAGAGACAACAGUGAGUGAUCACAAAAUAAAACAGGAAGCACAAGACAUCAAAACAUGGAGUGAAAAAUAAGAUUCUUAUCAGACUCAGACAGAAUUGAGUGGAAAAUCAGCAAGCAGUCAACUAGUCCAUCAUCUAUCUUUCAGGCCACUCUGUCGAGAUGAUUGACAUUUGAGAGGACCUGGAGGGCAACGCCUCUGUGCACUCAGCCCACCUACAUGUCCCCAGUGAGAGCAGAGUGUAAUGCUCCAUUUUUCAUGCUUUUGGAACCUGAAUUCUUAUACAAUCAGAGUUUUUUAAACAUUCAGUUUUGGCUGGGAGGUCAGUAAGAAAACAAUUUUGUUGUGACAACCUCCAGACACUAUAUUUUCCCUCAACCUGGACUUUAAACUGAGCUGCGGACAUCCAUGUUUUUUGACCUGGGUUGUUGCAUUUAAAGUCCCACUCAGAUUGUUUUUGUUUUUUUCCUAUUAAAGUGUUGUCAGUGGUCAACACUUUUUACCAAAAAUCAUGUCACCUGUGUCAUAUUCAAGGGCGUUUCUUCUGCAGAGCUCCAGUAGCUCAUUAGCAAUUCACCUCUGAGUCGUGGGCGGAGACAGCACUGCUCUUCACACUCGUCUUCAGGUUAGCUUGCAGCCAAACAUGACCUGUGUAGCAGAGGUAGCAAGUAACAUAGGAGCUACUCAGCUCUUGGACACUAAUGUCUUUAGGCAAGACAGGCUUGCAUAGCGGGGCUCCGGGGGCGGAGCUUGGAGUGGUUACAUUUGAAAUCUCACUGUUUCCGAACCUGCCAUUUUGGUCUGCCAGAGAUUCACAGCGAUUUGAACGAAGAAAUACUCAGAAAAGCAGUUUCACGUUUAGUUUUCUCAUGAUAUGUCCUGUAGCAUCAGAAAAAUGCCUUAUGAACAUGUAGACAACAAGAAAAACAGGAUUUUCAAUGGAGUGGGUCUUAAAGACGAGCGGCACAGUGGUGUAGUGGUUAGCACUGUCGCCUCACAGCAAGAAGGUCCUGGGUUCGAAUCCGGGUCAGGGCGUCUCUGUGUGGAGUUUGCAUGUUCUCCCUGUGUCUGCGUGGGUUUACUCCGGGUACUCUGGUUUCCUCCCACAUCCCAAAAAACAUGCCUAAGUGGGGUUAGGUUAAUUGGCCACUUCCAAAUUGCCCAUAGGUGUGAAUGUGAGUGUGGAUGGUUGUUUGUCUCUAUAUGUUAGCCCUGCGAUGAACUGGCGACUUGUCCAGGGUGUCCCCGGGAAUGGGAAUAAGCGUUAGAAAAUGGAUGGAUCUUAAAGAAAGUUUCUGAUAAGCACGCACAAAGACUGGGACAUGACAUGGAAAACUGGAUUUUUACUGUAUCAGCUGAGAAAUACGCAUUAUCUAUGAUUAUGAGGUUCACCCCGUGGAAUUUAGAUUGAGUAUUAAAGUGAACGAGACACCACAGUGACCAACUUAAAGUCACCACUUGAAAAUAAUGAAAAACCCUCCACCUUUUCCCCUCUGUGUAAACACGGAGCACCCUUCCUCACACCCUCACAGCUCUUAUUAAACCUUACACUGUUGUUUCUUUGUCCAUAACACGAGUGCUGGUGUGAACCUCAGUCUUCAUCUGUCACACCGAGCGCAGGGAGCACUGGUGCAUAAGCCUCAUCCCACGCUCCUCGCUCUGGGCCAUGCAUAUUGUAUGAGUGUGUAACCUCCAUCCAUGCAUGCUUGUCAGCAGACAGGUUAAGUGUGCAGGGGGCAGUGGUGUCUAGAAACGUGUUACGUGGUGUUCAGUCAAUUUAUUCCCCAGUCAAAAGAAAUCAGUGUCCUAGUUAGUUAUUAAAGCUCUAAAUACUGUAUUAUAAACGGCUGCCAGAGUCUUGAGGUGCAUGCUCUUUAAAUGUGUGUACAAAGUGUUAGGGCGAUGAUAGUAAAAAAUUUACGGAGGUGUUAAUAAAGGGUGAGUUAAUACCUUCUAAAAGAUUUCAUAAAAAUGGGAUUCGAUUGGUUUGAUUUAUCAAAUAUCUGGCAAAGCCCAUCCUCUCUUUUAAAGUUAUUAACCUGCAUGACACUAUUAAUCAUAGUAUGGUAAUGGUUUUAUGGAGUGCUGUGAAUUUGAGCAGAAAAAAAAAGGAAAUUGGAAAAGUGAAGGAGAUAUUAAGGUUGACAAGCUCCCGUUGAUGAGAGUGAAUAGGAGGUGUUAAUGUUGAGAUACACUAAUGCAGCAUAAAAUCAGCCAAAUGUGAGGGAUAAAAAAAAAUCACCGGCCAAGUACAAGGCUAAAGGAUGGACACUGGCGCUGUGUUUCACAUGUAAAAUAUUCAGUGAAGUUUGUUUAUCUGCAACCAGACAGUUUGACUUUCCGUUUUUGUCUUUUUUUCUCUUUUCGUCCCAGAUUCUGAUCGGGGAAGUGACCAGCUUCUUCGUCAAAGCAGAGGGAGCUCAGGAGAAGACCAUAGUGACCGCCGACUGCUGUUAUUUCAACCCUCUCCUCCGCAGGAUCGUACGUUUUCUGGGUCAGUGAGAGUACUGAACAUUAAAGGUUCUGCCUCUGCACUCAGGGAUGGUGGCUCAUUAAGACUUGGUUAGCUUAAUUACAAAAAGAUCCAGGAGGAGCCUGGGUCCUUAAGGUCUCCUGUGGACUACUUUCUCUAGCUCUUGUCUUUAUGUCCUGAAUGAUGAUGUUUUGUUUUCACGAUUCAUCCAAGUUAUUAGAUUUCUGGAGUCAUGCAUAGAAGAAAAGACUUUAUCUGUCUGGCCUUUCACUCCCACACAAUACUCACAAAAUGUGACCAUUCAACUCCACUCUAAAUGCUUAUUUUGACUCUUACUCCAGACAUUUAUUGCACUAUUCUAAGUUUACAAACAAACCGCUCACUUCCUCCACCAUUCUCACACAGGUGUCUACUCCUUCGGCCUCUUCACCACCACCAUCUUUGCCAACGCAGGUCAAGUGGUGACAGGGAACCAGACGCCACAUUUCCUUACAGCCUGCAAACCAAACUACACAGCUCUGGGCUGCCAGUCUCCGCUGCAGUACAUCACAGAGCGACGUGCCUGCACAGGGAACCCAUACCUGGUGGCGUCUGCUCGUAAAUCCUUCCCCUCCAAAGAUGCAGCGCUCAGCUUUUAUUCAGCCAUCUAUACAGUGGUAAGGGGACUUUUUUACAAGGCAGCGGGUCAAAGGAAUAAGAGGGUGAUGUGUGUGUCUAACUGUGCUUGUUUAUGGAAACUGUAAAUCAAGAAGUGUGCAAGACAAGUUUUUAUUUUACUCAAAUUUGAGAAAACAAAAAUUAGAGUAAGUCCAGGUGGAACUGUAACAUCAGUACCUGAUACUUGAACAAAUCCUCCUCACUAAAGUCAACUUGUGUGUUUGACAUCUAAAAGUUCAACAUUCGUAAAAACUUUUAUUUUGAUGUUACAUUUCUGUCAUUUAAAGAAGUAUCAAACCAGUCCAAGCAGCUCUGCUUUCUAUCGCUAUGAUUCAGCUGCUCAAAAUCACAGCAGAGGGCGCCCUCUUGUGGCCGAUUCAGGCUAUUCACGCAACAACACUGUUUGAUUUAUCACAGCAGGCUCACAGACGACCUGUGGAUCCAACACCUCUUUCAGCUCACUGUGAAUAAAAAAACCCUGUCAUUUUUGUUUCUUAUGUAUCUCAGAUGUACGUGACCCUGGUGUUCCGCACCAAAGGGACCCGUCUGACCAAACCCACCCUGUGCCUGGUGCUGCUGUCUCUGGCUGUGCUGGUGGGAGUGAUGAGGGUGACCGAACACAGAAACCACUGGAAUGACGUCCUGGCAGGGUUUGUCACAGGAGGAGCCAUCGCUGCCUUCCUGGUGAGAAGGAGGGUGUUACAUGGGAGGUAAAAAAGAGGGAGGCAGAAGAGUCUGAAAACAGAAAGGAGAAGGUGUUAAAGGCUGUAGGAAGGUAAACUCUCAUAAGGCAGGGAGCAGGAAACACAGCAGCACUGAAGUUGCCAAGAGGAGUUGAAAGAGUUUUAUCAUAGAAUAGUUAGAAAAUACCCCAAAUAAUACCCCAAAAGCUGAGCUCAGUCAGCAGUCUGUUUAAACAAAAGUGAUGCUUUUUCCCUCAAUAUUGAUUACCAUCUAAUUUGUCUCAUUUAAUUAAGAUAACUCUCUAAUAAAGUUGGUUAAAUUGGAUAUUUUCUAAUUAUAGAUUACACCUGAGGAAAACAUCCAGGGAACUACAGAGUUAUGGUUGUGUCAUUAACUAAUGUAAGCCCUGCCUUUCGCUUGCUAACUUGUUUCAGUUACCAAAUUGUAUUUUAUCUCUGUCUUCUCUCGUCUGCUAAUUUUUAAUGUGUUUUCAUGGAAGUUCUCCCUUUUCUUCAACCAAAUAUGUUGAUGAUUAUUAUGAUAUCGAAUUCCCCCUCAGGGAUGAAUAAAGUUUUAUCUUAUUUUCUCAUGCUGUAGCUGUCGCAUUUAAAAUAAACACAAAUUACUUCUGCUUUAAUGACAGGAAGAGCAUUUGGUAAAGAAACACGUCCUUUUAUGCCCUCAAUAUUAAUGUCCUAUCACAAGUUACAUAAUUUACCAUAAUUUACCAAGCAGGAAGAUAGAUGGGCAGUGAAUGCCACUAAAUCACCAAGAUUUUCGAGUGGGUACCCUUCACUUGUGUCUGCAGGGGAGAUGUUCAAGCAUGAAGAUGAAUUGAUACAUCUAAAUCUUUACCAGGACAAUUUACAGAAUCAGAAUCAGAAUGCCCUUUAUUGUCAUUAUAAGAAAGGUACAACAAGAUUGGAGAGCUUCUCCAUUUUCAGUGCAAUAGAUACAAAAAAGAAAACAGAGACCUAAUGAAAGUACAAAAAUAGUUGUAAAGAAAAUAAUAAUAAUAAUAAUAAUAGGUACAGAUUAUAUACAAGAUAUAUAGUUAUCUUGUUGUUAUCAUCUUGUUAUAAUCUUGUUGUUUAGUUUGGUCAUCUUGACUUUAUUUCCCUGUAAAAUCUCCCAGGGUCGAUAUCCAGUCUGCCUCAAAUAUCAGAGUGCUGUAAACUUUUAUCUUUCAUACAUCCUUAAUUGUUUUUAUUUCUCUUAUAACACACACCAAUCCAUCCAUCUUCAAAAAAUCGUAACCAUCAAUUUUCUUUUACCUUUUGUCUUUGUUCCUCUGCUCUAUCAGGUUUCAUGUGUGAUCAACAAUUUUCAGCCGACCCAGAUUGCGAUGCAGACUCCUCCCCCUCCGCAGCGCCCAGAGCCCUCUAUCGGGUUUCCCCUUCUCACCCUGCCUCGUGUGGAGAGUCCACUCGAAAAGUUAAGUGGCGUCCAGGUAAGGGAUGGGGGAUUCAACCAGGAAGAAGCUUUUAUAACACAUCACAUAUAUAUAUUUAUAUACAGUAUGUGAUUUAAAAGUUUCUCGAAGUUACACAAAUACUGCGGCAGUGUUGUUUGGGCUGUCCACUGCUGCUUUGGCCAAAAACUAAUCAGCUUCCAGAGUUGUGGGCAUUCAUGGUCUACAGAGGAAUGAUCAUCAGCAAUCAGUAAUUGAUUUUCUACGAAAGAGGAUUAGGGCCACAAGAGGAGAAAGAAAGAAAUGACAGGAGGGAGAUUUUUUUGAUUUCCAUUUCGAGGUUAAAGUCGAAAUUUUAAAAAGUUGAAAUUUCAACUCUUUUUGUCAUUUUGUAAUCUUGAAAUUUUGACCUUUAUCUCGAAAUUUCAAUUUUUAAUCUCAAAAUCUCGACUUUAUUGACAUAAUUUUGAUAUUUUUUUAUCUCGAAAUUUCAACUUUAAUCUGGAAAUUUCGACUUUAAUCUCCUUCCUGUAGUUUUUUUUUUCUCUUCAUGUGGCCCUAUUUCUCUUUUUAAAUGUUUUCACACAAAUUCUACACAAAAGAAUCCAGUGCUUUUACUUAGGGCACAUCAGUACAUUAUUCACCUUUAGAUAGCGUUAGCAAUAUUCUCUCCACAUUUGCUUUAACUUUGUCUCUUUUAGUAAUCUGGUAUAUAUAGUUGGUCAGCUGAUAUAAGUAUUUCUUUGUUGAUGGCCUGGAAAGAAACAUAACAAUGCAGUCUUCUCAGCAAGCAUAGAUUUUUAGUCUUUUCAGAACUUAGUGAUCAUUAUUCAUGAUUAAAUCAAGGGAUUAUUAGGUGGAUUUGUCAUUGAAUUUGUCAUACAAAUUCACAUCUCCCUCUGAAUGAGUUUGGAUGAGCUGUUUAGUUGUUUUUUUACUGAUAGUUAUCAAAUGGUAGCAUGUCUAAAAUCAGGACAGAAGCAUUGCCAUUGAGAGCACUUAGCAUGUUUGUUUUAGCAAUAAGCUUAAAGAACAACCAGAGCUGCAAACAGCGCUGUCAUCGCUUAGUGUUGGGUCUUAAUGUUUAUCUUUUGUCUUAAACUGAUUUAUCAGUGUGUCUGAAUGUAUCCUACGUGCUUCCUUACAUCUGUUAUCUGUGUUAUGUACUCUUCAUCUCUCGUCUCAACAUCAUUUUUAUUCCUGUCUCUCUCUGUUUCAGUCAAGUGAAGUUUAUCUGCUCUGUUUCAAGUUUUAACGUCUAGAAAUAAUUAAAGUAUCUUACAUUACUAAACUCGUUCCAGCCCUCUUAAAUGUAUAUGUAUCUCUUUCCCAACUCUUAGGCUCCAGGGCUACCGUAUUCUGAGAUCACAUGACCAUCAGCCAAUCCCGUCCCCCACCCCUCCCGACGUGCUCCUUCCCUCACGGCGUUGCCUCACCAGCGCAGUCUAGACCUGCCUAUUGAAGUCCCCCCACCUUGCCCCGCUCACCCCGAAGGACAGAAACCUCUCAGACGAGUCAAAUCCACCCAGGUCUGAAGGUCCAUCCAAUCACUAGAGGCAGAACAGGGGGACAUGCACACAGAGAGCAUGGCUGUAAUCUGCUAAAGACCAAUAGGAGAUGGAAACACGGCUCUCCACCCAGUUCUGCCCUGUUCGCCCAUCAAGAUGGCCUCUUUUUUUCAGGUGAAAAAUCAAUGAAAGACUCACCAAAGCCAGAGCUGACGAAGAAAUAUUGUGCCCUACUCCUUUUGUCCUGUUGUCCAAAAAGACCUAACAGCGACUAAAAAGACUGUUGGCUGGUGACGACUUGAUAAAACACUUGAUCAAUCGAGAAAAAAAAAAACACUCAGAAGAGAUGAGAUUUUUAACGAGCGAAGGAAAUCCUAAUCACUGGAUGGUCAUCCUGGAAAGACCAUUUGUAACACUCAGGACAAUAAAAUGAAGGUUAAGGAUUGAGAUCAAAGACUUUCAUGUCAUCAAAAUGAGUUAUUACAGAGCAGAGUUCAUUCUGAAAGAAGAUAGCACUUGUUUGAUGAAAAGCACAGAAUAACUUUUUUAGAGUUUGGUAAAACUCUAAUUUAAUUUGGGGAAUAUGGGUUAGAUCUGCCUGUUAUACUGUGUGACAUGGCAGAGGAGAAAUUUAUACACACAUGUGCUGUGCUCAUAACACCACAUUUACUUUUGAGUAUCAGUUAAUUCAUCCCUUACGUGAAGUGAACAACAUUUCCAUAUACUUACUAUUCCGAUGUGUGUUUAUAAAUGUCUGUAGGUUUACGUCAAUGCUGUGAAAUAUUCAAAGGGUUUCGUCUAAGAAAUCCAUCUAAUUCCAAUGUGAAUUUUUUUAGUUUGCAUAAAAGUCUUACAUUCACAACUUCGGUACGAUGAAACCAGUUCUUAAUUUAAUUAAAUUAAGUCUAGAUUUCUACAUUUUGGCUUAUUUGUCUUUCCAAAAGUGUGUCCUCAUUCACAUGGUGGGCAUUUUUCUUUGAUGGAGUGCAGUAGGUAGGAACCCCAAAUGCUGACAUGUUGUGGAACUGCUGUGUUCCAGGCGGCAUAGUCGAAAUGUUCGAUACGAUACGACACAAUACCUUACGAUACGAUACGUUACAAUACGUUAUAAUACGAUACAAUACAAUGUGUAUCAUAUUGAAUAUAUUGAAUUUCUUUUUAUGUUAUCUUUCAAUAUGAUACAAUUUGGUACAAUAUGAUACAACUCGAUACAAUACAAUACGAUUUGGUACAAUAUGAUACAACUAGAUACGAUACACUUAGGUACAAUAUGAUAACACUUGAUAGGGUACGAUACAAUUUGGUACGGUAUGAUAACACUAGAUACGAUACAAUACGAUUUUGUACAAUAUGAUACAACUAGAUACAAUACGAUACAAUUUGGUACAAUAUGAUACAAUGUGAUACAACACAAUACAACUAGAUAUAAUACUAGAUACGAUUCGAUUUGGUACUGUAUAAUACAACUAGAUACGACACAAUAAAACUGGAUACAAACAGGUAAGAUAUAAUUGGUUACAAUACAACUAGAUAUGACAUGAUACAAUACAAUGUAAUACACAACGAUUCAAUACAAUACAGUAGGAUAUGAUAUAAUGUGAUCCAAUACCAUAUAGCAUGGUGCACUUAGGUAUGAUAUGUUAAAGUACAUAUCAAUGCCAUUCACUACUAUGCUAUUCUUUGACAUGCUGUAGUAAAAAAAUUUAGUACAAUAAUACAAAACAGAGUAAAUGAGACACUUAACCAUUACCAAGACAUCAAACUUAAACUCCAAAAAACAACAACCAUACAUAGAAAAACAUCUGUAGGAUAUUUAUAAAUCUUGCUAAAUUUCCUAGCAUCAGAAUUAAUAUCCAGAUUGGAGAUGAUGUAAAGCUGCUUUCUUCAAAAUUAUGUUACUGUUGUUUUGUUUUUAACGUCUAAUAUCACCAGAACUCCACCAAAUGUUCUUGUUCAGUGACUUUGCUAUUACUCACAAACCUAGGAGCAGCAAAAUUAUGAUAAUUUAUCACGUACCCCAAAUUUAUAUGACUCACAGCCUGAAAGACAGCAGCACAACAGUUCAACAGUAUUCAAGGUUUCCAAUCUGAGCGUGGCAUCAGUGAAAAAUUGCUGCUGACAGCAUAUGGUCACUUGCAUCUGUUGUUAAUGCUUCCCUUCAUCUAUAUCAGUUGUCAGGUUUUUUUUUUAAAUGUUCCUGCUACAGUCAGCUAUCUCUGUGUCACACUGACUUUAGAAAACCAAUGGCACAGAUCAGUGUGUUACACAGCAGUAAGACCCUUGAGUUUUCUAUAGUUUUGUACAGUAUAUAGGUUUCUUAACACGCUAUAUAAACUACAUUAUUGAUACAUUUAACUUGUGUGCACAAGUUGACUCUGUCUGAAGCUGUUUUGUAGGAACUCCAUCGAAAGCAGGACUGGAAGAAAACAGCCCAUGUAUGUGGCUUAUAACCUGCUUUGGUUCUGCACAGUUCAGGAAGACACUGAAGACAGGUGAAACAAGUUGUAGAGACAGCAAUAGGAUAUAUUAAGAAGACAACGCUACGGUUUUAUUGAGCGCAAGUGUGUGUGUGUGUGUGUGUGUGAGUGUGUUAGAGUGCUUGCUGGGAUUUGUGUGUAUGUCUAUAAUGAGCACACUGUAUGGCAGCAUAACUGUUAAUUUGGCAAUCAGUUUUCUUAAGUUAAACUGUCAGACGUAGCUGCUAUAAUUACACACCCAUACUUGUGUGUAACUGCAGGCCUUUAGGAGGAGCCCUGAUGAAGCGUCCCUAUCCAUGCCUGUUAUAGCAGAAGGUGCUCAUUAUAGCUUUGAGAUUACCUUCAAUAAAACUCUUCAGCCUAAAAUUUUUGUAAACAACUGAAGAGGGAUAAAACACCGUAACUGUCCAGAUAAUGUUAUUUUCAUGUCAAAAAUGUGUCUGUUUUGUAUUUAUUUCCAAAAAUAAAUUGAAAUUACUACAUUUUAUUGCGCUGCGUGAUAAACAUUUCUUC